GUGUCUCUCGAUCGCACAUGCGCAGUCAUACACAGCGGCAUGCGCAUUGUUAGUGGGUCGGCACUGGGAAGCUGGGAAGGAAGAUAUUUGCUCGGAGCGUAUUAAAGGUCCACAUGCGGCAGCACAGCCGCGCAGUGAGUAUCAUAGUGCAUGUAGAAAUAACAUAAAAUGGCGCUGUUAUGCAAUUCUAUUCCUGCCAGAAAAUAACAACAAACUCGCAGUUAGACACACGUCAUGGAACACAGCUCGCAUUUCUCCCCAUUUAACACUUACUAGCGAUUAUUUGGUGGUUAGUCACCGACAAUAUUAGAUUUAUUCACUAAACUCCGAAUAGCAGCGGAUUCAAAUGCGAGUGGUUAGAUUAAGGAUCAAAUGCUGAUCAGCAAAAAGUCUCUAGUUUAGCUGUGUCGCUGCUUGGCUGUUUUAACAUUUUUAAUUUUUUUUUGGAUUUUUAUUUCAUACAAUUUUGAGUGAAUAAUAGACAGUGGGGCUUAUUUACUAAACUCUGAAAUAAAGCAAAUGGAAACAUUUAGUCUAAGACAGCAAAGUUUUAACUAUAGCUGCAAUGAAGAAUGUCUUCAAAUCCACUAUUUUACCCUUAAUGUUGUCAUUCAGAUGCAGUUUUUGACAACAUGCAGUUUAGUGGAGGUUUGCUUCCUCAGUCUCUUGUCAGGGUGGUCCCAUCAUUUAGGGUGAAGCCCCUGUGUUCGGAAGCCACGGAGUGCCCAGUGUCUUUGUUGAUUGCCAUUGCUGAGUUGCCUAUUGUGAACUUUGGGCCGAGAGCCCUAAGUUCAGCUCAGAUUCCUCUCCCACCCCCCCCUUAUCUAUCGCCUGUCCCGCCUUCCUCGUUUGCCCCCGGUGGUGUACCAGAGGUUUUGCAUCAUGUUUAAUUUGUCAUGUAAUAAGAGCCCUACAGGUAGCGUCCUGUGUUGUUACCUCUUAGCCCGCCUUUCCCCCUUGGUCACGUGCGCAUGGGGUGUGGGAAUGUUCCAUGUGUGUUUGAGUUUUUAUGUAGGUGUCCCACAUGAUUCCCGCUCUCUAUAUAUGUUUUUUGGGGCUAAUAUGCUUAAGGGCCAUUGACUCGUAGUCUAGGUUCAGGGUUAUCUGCGCUGUAAGGGCAGUACGACCCAGUAUUUCUGUAGAUUUCCAUGCUCUGGCUAUCAGCAAAUUUGCAGCCAUGAGGACGUGGAAAAGUAGGGUAGAGGCCGGUUUAGAGAUGUUUUCCAGCGGCAUGAAUAGGAGGCAUCAGGUGUGAGUGUGAUGUCCAUCCCCAAUGCGUCUGAUAAUACGUCUCCCACCAUACGCCAAUAUCCCUCGAUCUUGGGACAAGUCCACCAAAUGUGGUACAUCGUCCCCGUUUCCUGUAAACACCUCCAGCAGGAGCUGGUAGUGUUCGGGUAGAUUCGCGCCAGUCUGUCCAGUACCAUAUACCAGCGAUACUGGAUUUUUCUCAUCAGUUCUAGGUGUGACGCACAGCUUGUCUUUCCCUUGUGAGCUAACAUUGCUUUUUUCCAGCUUGUGAUGUCAAAUGUUUGGUUUAAGUCGUUGUGCCAGUCGAGCAUACAUUUUUCGUAGCUGCGUGCUGCCGGGACUGUCAGUACUCGGUAUAUAGAGGCUAGUAACUUGUUUGGCAUGAUAGGGGCUAGGAAUGCUUUAUCAAAAAAGGCCAUGGUCGGCGAGUGUGAAAAUGGGGGGUUGUGUGUGAGGAGCACUUUUAGUUGGAAGUAUGAGAACAAUGCCCUCGUCGGUAGUUUGAAUUUAUGUUGGAGGUCUGGGAAUGGCAGUAUUCUAUUGUCUCCAAACAGUUGGCCUAUGGAUCGUGUAUUCUUUUUAAAGGGACACUUUAACACCAGAACCAAGCACAUAGACUGUCCCUGCAGUCUUAGCAGUGAAAAUACUUUUUCUUAAAAAAAAGUCAUUGAUUACGUUGGGAUCUGUAAUAUUGGGAAUUCAUGUUUGUAUUUCUAGCAUUAUAGUGUUCCUUUAAAUUUCCUAUUAAGAAAAGGUAGUUCGUAGUUAUACUGCUUGUAGACUUUAUGCCAACACACAGGUAUUCUGGUUGUAAUUUUGUUAAGCUGUCAUUUACUAGCUCAAUGUUUACAUGGUAUUGUUUAUUCCUCUAAAGAGCACUAGCCAUUGGCAAGUAAAAAUUUAGCCCUGGCGAGUAGAAAAUCAACUCCUAGCUGGUAUGCUAUUGCGUACAGUGGCGAAUGACUUUUGAGGCCAGUUUCAUAGCACAGGGCUACACAUUUCAAGCCAUAGUGAGACUGUUGGGCUAUUUACUAAAUCAGGAAUUUAGGGCUGUUCUUCCCAGCUGGUGACAGUUGGUCCUACUUGCAUGACAGGUACACUUUAAUAAGGAACAUGUUGGCGAACAUUAAUGAUGAAUUGGUGAUGGUUGUAGGUAGAGGUGGAAUUUGCAACAUAAUGGCAAGGACCACUAUAAUGCCCGGAAAACAAACUUGUUUUCCUGGCACUAUAGUGCCCUGAGGGUGCCCCCACCCUCAUGACCCCCCUCCUGCUGGGCUGAAGUUGGAGGAAGGGGGUUAAAGGAACACUAUAGUUACAUAAAUUACUUUAGCUAAAUAACGCGGUUUUAGUGUAUAGAUCAUUCCCCUGCAAUUUCACUGCUCAAUUCACUGUCAUUUAGGAGUUAAAUCACUUUGUUUCUGUUUAUGCAGCCCUAGCCACACCUCCCCUGGCUAUGAUUGACAGAGCCUGCAUGAAAAAAACUGGUUUCACUUUCAAACAGAUGUAAUUUACCUUAAAUAAUUGUAUCUCAAUCUCUAAAUUGAACUUUAAUCACAUACAGUAGGCUCUUGCAGGGUCUAGCAAGCUAUUAACAUAGCAGGGGAUAAGAAAAUCUUAAUUAAACAGAACUUGCAAUAAAGAAAGCCCAAAUAGGGCUCUCUUUACAGGAAGUGUUUAUGGAAGGCUGUGCAAGUCACAUGCAGGGAGGUGUGACUAGGGUUCAUAAACAAAGGGAUUUAACUCCUAAAUGGCAGAGGAUUGAGCAGUGAGGCUGCAGGGGCAUGUUCUAUACACCAAAACUGCUUCAUUAAGCUAAAGUUGUUCAGGUGACUAUAGUGUCCCUUUAAACACUCACCUUUCUCCAGCGCCGGGGACUCUCCUCCUCCUUUGGACAUCAUCGGCUGAAUGUGCAUGCGCGGCAAGAGCCACGCGCACAUUCAGUCAGUCCAUAGGAAAGUAUUCUCAAUGCUUUCCUAUGGACGCUGGCGUCUUCUCACUGUGAAAAUCAGAGUGAGAAGCGCGGAAGCGCCUCUAGCGGCUGUCAAUGAGACCGCCACUAGAGGCUGGAUUAACCCAUAUGUAAACAUAGCAGUUUCUCUGAAACUGCUAUGUUUACAGCAGGCAGGGUUAAACCUAGAUGAACCUGGCACCCAGACCACUUCAUUAAAUUGAAGUGGUCUGGGUGCCUAUAGUGGUCUUUUAAUCACUAAAGUAUGAAUUGUUAAUAAUUGUAGAUUAUGCUAACUUUAGUGUACCUAUAAUCUUAAUUUUAUUAAUGACAGGAGGCUUCGUAUUUGUUUAAGUCUCUCUUUAUUAGAACUCCACAGCAGCACAGAAAAACAACCAAUCAGAAAAAAGUUAGGUACUAUAAAACUCCCCUCCCCAUACAUAAUUUCUUCUUUCAAGCUGCGACAAAACAGAACAAAAGGCAAAAAAUAUAAUGGGGAAAAAAAAGUCCUAGAUACAAUGAAUACAACAAUGUCCACCAUCCGAACUGCCAAACUAGAUAGCGUUGAUAGACUGUAAACUGAAACGAGAAAAAACAGAAUCGAGUAGGUUGGUUAGCCAAUGAAAUGUACUCUGAACAAACAUGUAGGUACCCAAUGUAGCAAUCAAAAUUACCUUAAUACGUAGAUAUCCCUACCCUACUUAUGGAAAAUAGACAUAAGAACAAGUGGCACGUAGCAGAGACAACAAGCAGAGUUGCAUACGUACCUGAUGAACCCAAACUAUUAAAAUUAAACGAGAGGGAUAAGAAUGGGCGGGAAAUACUCACCUCCUGUCAUUAAUAAAAUUAAUAUUAUAGGUACACUAAAGCUAGCAUAAUCUACAAUUUUAUAACAUGACAGGAGGCUUCGUAUUUGCUGUUUUAACGAUCAGCCAACAAAUCCAACGCUGUUUGUUUCGCUGGUACCUAUUCCGGGAUAUACUAGAGCAAUCCUAAAUGGACCUUCCAACAGUGAGAAGUGACAUUAGACGGAUCGAUGAAGAUGCCAGCUGUCGAGGCACCCCAAAAAAUACGGAAAAGCACUCUACACUGGUAGAUCCAUUGUACGUGGGGUUGCGACCUGUUUCCUAGCAACCGAUCCAUGAGCUGCCAAGCUGACCUAUUAACCAUUUUCCUGUAGGUGUAAAAUGCCGAAGGUCAUUUGCGGACUUAGGGCCGCGAGAAGAAACUGGCACCAGGUCUCGACUCUUGAUGUGGAAGAUGGCUCCUCCGGUCGUGCCAGGGUCACUAAGUGAUGUGGUCCUGCAGGCAAAUCUCCAACCUCAAGUAAUGCGCCGAGGUCUACCACCAAUUCCGUAACAGAACUGAGUAGGGUCAUUUCAUUCCCUCACGACCUAACCAGUGAGUUGUUUCAUCUGAGAAUGAAUUUAUUAUGCAGGCUAGGGUGCGGUCAAACUAGCCGUAUCCUAAGUGAUCCCAGUAAUCCAAAUGGUCUGUGUAAGGAAGGAACUCCCAAAUGACGUCCAAUCAGGGUCCCAAGCCGAACUUGUGUAGUGAAACGGUGGUCAACUAUCCUGGGGAUUGUGAAUCCCGGGAAUAUCCAAAUGGAGAGAAACGUAACCAGGGGUUGAGGUUUCCAUCCAGAUAUAUCGUCGAAGAACGAUAAGAUGUCCGGAUCCAAUGUUAAUUGGGACCUGUAUAACAAAGAAGAGUCCUCCCAUGCUGUAGUGGGAGAGUGAAAGAAUCAGAUUACUCGUUUGUACGAUUCUGUUCCAUGCCUGACCUGUCAAGAUUUGUGCAGGAGCUCCUGGUCUGCAUGCCACCUACAAGAUAGACCCUAGGUCCCUGUACUUCUGACUGUCUGGGCACGUCUCUCCAAUGUAGUCCCUAGGUCAGGGGACCCAGGAAUGUGAAUUCGAGAACCGAAGUCAAGGCAUCCCUAUAGAGGAAUACCUCCUCCUUAGCCUGGAGUCCCGCGAACUCAUAGCGUUCUCUACUGCAGGCAAGGCCUAAAGUCUUUUCACUCACGACAGGUGACUCCAGAGAGCAGAUAUAACAAAAACACGAAUCUAGCUCCAAACGUCCGAAGCAGGUGUUAUCCAGUUUGGGAACGUCGUCAGCCAUAUCCGAGCCUGCUACACAGCCUGAGCAGUACUCCAGCGUUAGGAUGCGUCCCAACUAGUGAUGUCCGUGAAGGAGCCAGGGACACACAGGGUUCCUCCAUAGAGUCCAAGCAGGUCUCCAUGAUGGUAGUUGAAUAGGUGGGUUAGCGAGAACCCAAAACCAAGACUGUGGUUAUGGUGUAUGCAGGGUACAGGCUCCCACUGGAAGCAAGUGUAUGAAAUAUGGUGUAGUACACAGUGUGGGACACCUUCAACUGUCCACCAAUGGAUAACCACAUGCAGUAAACCAAUAAACAUAGAGUUAAUCUGAAGGCAGGAACAAUAUAUGCACAGCAUUUGUCCUUAAAAUUAUGGAUUCUCUACUUUAUACCAUCAUUUUCCCAUACCAGGUAUCAAAUCCAAGUCACCUGGGUAAACAUAGACUAUGCAAACAUCUGCAUAUGUCCUAGGUAUAAAUUCACAAGAUGUAUACCCUGAACCCCAUGCUUGCUGCAGGGGAAAGGGACUGCACCAGCCUGUCCAAGAAAGCUAGCAAGACUGCAUGGGAAAGAACUCACACGAGUCUUGUUUACAAUUAGCCCAUAUUUCUUUAUAGCACAAGAAAUAUUGCUGUGCUAUGCACUUUCUCCUUCUUAGAUAUGGGCAUGAGGCCGUGGGCUGCAUUAAUUUACGGCUCCCUGGAGAGGAAAGCCUGCCUCUAACGGCUUCCCGGCGUACAUCUGACAGGGAUAGGCACAUAAAGGAUAUUUAAGGGGACAGAAAGGGGGAAGAAUCCCCAGAGGAGGUGUAUAGAAAGACCAGAGGAAUACAAAACUCCCCACAAACCCCAGAGCAAUAGGCAGAGGGGUAUAAAGCUAAUCACACAAACAAGUCCCCAAAUGAUAAAUAUAUAAAACACUGAAAAUAUAAUUAAAAUCAUACAGCCACCAACUAAUAGCAGGAGGCAGUGGUACUCUGACCUGUACUGAUGCGGAGCAGCAAAGAAAGAGGAAAUUAUGUAUGGGGAGGGGAGUUUUAUAGUACCUAACUUUUUUCUGAUUGGUUGUUUUUCUGUGCUGCUGUGAAGUUCUAGUAAAGAGAGACUUAAGCAAAUACGAAGCCUCCUGUUAUGUUAUAAAAUUCCCAGAUUUUACUAAUAACCUGACGUAAAGUCAUGAUUUUAUUAAUGACACGGAGGCGAGUAUUAUGCUAUCUCUUUCUUACUUUAUUCCUCAGCAGCAAAGAGAAAUAUAAAACUGAAAGAGAAAAAAUUUAGAUAUGAAAUAUAAUAACAGGUACAACCAGAUCUGCCUAGUAACAGGGCAGCCAAUCAGCUUAGUAGGAACAGCCCAUAAAUGUCUCGCUUAGUAGUUCCACUUCCUCUUCUUUGCCUUCUGAACCGAAGACCCAAACCAAACUUCCACAUCAGGAAAGAACAAUCUCCAACAAGGUAGACGUCAUCUUAAAGGACCACUAUAGUGCCAGGAAAACAUCCUCGUUUUCCUGGCACUAUAGUGCCCUGAGGGUGCCCCCACCCUCAGGGUCCCCCUCCCGCCCGGCUCUGGAAGGGGGAAAGGGGUAAAAACUUACCUUUUUCCAGCGCCAUGAGAGCCCUCCUCCCCUCUCCGCCUCGUUAUGCGCUGAAUGCGCACGCCGCGUUGCCGCAGAUUCAGCCGUCUCAUAGGAAAGCAUUUACAAUGCUUUCCUAUGGACGCUGGCGUGCUCUCACUGUGAUUUUCACAGUGAGAAGCACGCAAGCGCCUCUAGUGGCUGUCAAUGAGACAGCCACUAGAGGAUUAGGGGGAAGGCUUAACCCAUUCAUAAUUCUAUAAUUAUGAAACAAUGGGUUGAGCCUAGCUGGACCUGGCACCCAGACCACUUCAUUAAGCUGAAGUGGUCUGGGUGCCUAGAGUGGUCCUUUAACGAAAUCAAGCUGUAAAACAGAAAAAGUAGGUAAAAUCCAAACUCCGGACCUGCAUGUAACAUUUUAUGACCAUCUGGCCUGCAGGACUAAAAACGUCAAAAUCGUAACCACAUAAGUACAUAGAUCCAAAUACGUCAAGUCAGAGAAAAAAACUGUGAACACUUACCUUGAGGUAAAAGAACCCCCCCCCCCCCAGAUUGAACCAUAAGUAUAGAUCCAAACCAUACCCACUGGGUGGGAGGGUGGGAAUAAUACCCGCCUUAGUGUCAUUAAUAAAAUCAUGACUUUACGUCAUGUUAUCAGUAAAAUCUGGGAAUUUUAUUAAUGACACGGAGGCUCCUAUUAUGCUAGUUUAAAUCUGAGCCACAACUAACGAGGAAACAUGGUCAAUCGGCCGGAAAUAAAAAUCGCGGAACGUAGAUUCUCUAGACCAAUCCGCUGUCUUCAAGAUAUCAUCCAGACGACAUCCCAUCGUGGAGGCCUUAGACGCCAUGGCGCCUCUGACCGAAUGAGCCGAAAAUAUUGAAGUAUCGAUUCCUGCAGCGGAUAGAAGAUUCUUAAUCCAACAAGCUAACGUAGUUGAGACCGGGAGAAACGGUUUCUUAAAGGAAAUAAACAAUUGGGAUAAAUCCGAUGACCUCAAUAGGUGAGUGCGAUCCAAGUACACCCGUAGGCAAGCUACCGGACACAGAGCAGGUCGGACCGAACACCUAGGGUAUGUCACUGACUUAGAAGACGUCUUAGUCCUCCUAGAGAUGUUAAACGACACUCCCUCGGGGGUGAAGGAUAACGCGUUCCAGUCCAAAGCCCUGACAUCUGAAACCCUUUUGCAUGAAAGGAGACACAGGAGCAUAACCAAUUUCCAGGAUAAUUGCUUCAGUGACAGGUCCUCAUUAAGAGGCCAUGAUUCCAAGAAGUCCAGCACCACGUUAACAUCCCAAAACGAUGAAUAUCUGGAUUUCGGAGGCCUAGAGUAACGAAUACCCUUCAACAAACGGCACACAAAAGCAUGUUGUCCAAUCGGUGAUCCGUCAAUACCUAGAUGUCCGGCUGAGAUGGCCGAUCUAUAAACCUUGAUAGUGCGAUAGGCCAAACCAGAUUCAAAACGCGUAGUCAGAAAACUGAGUACCUCCUUCAGAGGGGCAGAAAGGGGAUCCAGCAGUCUCCCCAUGCACCAGCCAGACCACACACGCCAUGCAGACUUGUAAGCUGUUCUGUUACCCGGUGCCCAGACAUUCUCCAGGAGUCUUGUAGUAGCCUGCGGAACGUCCGAGACACACCAGGGUUCCUGGAAAUCAACCAAGCCGUGAGCUGGAGCAGGUUCUGGUCCACUAAUUCGUGCGAGUUCCCAUCCGGAUCCAGAAGCACCUCUGGUCGCAUCCUGAUCAUUCGUAGGUACUCCGCCGCCAUCUCCAAGAGACGGGGAAACCAAGGCUGAGUCUGCCAUAGGGGAACUAUCACCACCAACGUGCACUCUUGUCUGGACAAAUAUGCCAGCGUCCGAGAAAUCAGGUUGAAAGGGGGGGAACGCAAAGUGACGACCCCGAGGCCAUAUCUGCAGGAACGCGUCCACCGCCAUGGCUGAUGGAUCCGGUCUCCAACUGAAGUAUUGGGGUAGUUGAGCGUUCAUUCUGGAUGCGAACAAGUCCAGUUGUAACGGGCCCCAUAGUUGAUCUAUCAGAUGCCAAUCUCCUGAGUCUUUCAAGUAUUGCGAAUUCCAGUCCGCCCAUUCGUUGUCCAAGCCCGGGAUGUGUUCGGCCGUGACCGACACCGCGCUGUGGAGGCAGAACUGCCAGAAAUCCUUCGCUAGAUUCGCCAGUUGGUUUGACUUCGUGCCACCUAGGUGAUUUAUAUAUCUGACCGCAGACUCAUUGUCCAUGCGCAGAAGGACGCAGCAGUUUCCCAGGGUUGGAGACAGGCUGCGAAUAGCGAACGAUCCCGCCAGCAAUUCCAGACAGUUGAUGUGUAGCGUUGAUUUGAUUUCAGACCAUCUGCCACCUGUGGAGACAUCUCCACAGCGAGCGCCCCAGCCAUGCAGGCUGGCAUCUGAUUCUAUCACCAUAUCCGGGGCGGUGCCGAAGAUUGCUCGACCAUUCCAUGCCUCCAUAUGAUCCAACCACCAGCGAAGUUCCUCCUUGGAGUCUCUGUCUAGGCAUAGUUCACUUUCGUAUGAACUGCCCGAGCGAAGGUGGGAUCCCUUCAGACGUUGUAGAGCCCGAUAAUGUAGGGGUCCCGGAAAAAUCGCCUGAAUGGAGGAGGCCAAAAGACCAAUGACCCUCGCCAGUUGUCGUACGGAGAGACUGGUGGUCCGUAGAGUACGUCUUAUUUCUUUCUUCAUAGCCUUUAGCUUGGCCUCUGGAAGGAACAGAAACUGGGCGACCGAAUCGACUUCGAAACCCAGAAAUUCUAUUUUCUGCGUUGGGGUCACCAUGGACUUUUCCCAAUUUAUGAGAAAACCUAAGCUCUCCAGAAGAUCCACCGUCCAACGCAGGUGCUGUAGAAGUUGGUCGGGGGACGCGGACAUAAUCAGUAUGUCGUCUAGGUAGAUAAUCAUGCGUACGCCCCGCGACCUGAGGAACGCCACCACCGGUUUCAUCACCUUCGUGAAGCACCAAGGUGCUGAAGAGAGACCGAAGGGCAGACAGGUAAACCUCCACCGACGUCCUUGCCACGUAAAGUGCAAUAAAUCCCAGUGUACCUCUGCCAUUGGUAUAGUCAGGUAUGCGUCCUUGAGGUCUAGUUUGACCAUCCAAUCCCCUUGCCGAAGCAGAUCUCUGAGGCAAUGUAUGCCCUCCAUCUUGAAGUGAUGGUAACGAAGGAAUCCGUUGAGUCGUUUGAGAUUGAUCACCGGCCGAACUCCUCCGCCUUUCUUGGCGACGAGGAACAGGUUGCUUAGAAAUCCCGAAUGAUCGUACGGGACUUCUUGUAUUGCCCGUUUGGCCAGAAGUUCCGAGAUCUCCUUGGUAAUCAGUCCGGACUGAUCUUCCGGCAACCUCAGUUCCUGAGGUGAAUCUACCUGGAUGGGGGAGAUAAAAGAUCCAGGCGAAAACCUCUGAUAGUAGUUAAAGGACCACUCUAGGCACCCAGACCACUUCAGCUUAAUGAAGUGGUCUGGGUGCCAGGUCCUUCUAGGCUUAAUCCAUUUUUUCAUAAUUAUAGCAGUUUCAGAGAAACUGCUAUAAUUAUGAAUGGGUUAAGCCUUCCCCCUAAUCCUCUAGUGGCUGUCUCAUUGGCAGCCACUAGAGGCGCUUGCGUGCUUCUCACUGUGAUUUUCACAGUGAGAGCACGCAAGCGUCCAUAGGAAAGCAUUGUAAAUGCUUUCCUAUGCGACGGGCUGAAUGCGCGCGCAGCUCUUGCCGCGCGUGCGCAUUCAGCCCAGGAGGAGGAACGGAGGAGGAGAGAAGGAGGAGAGCUCCCCGCCCAGCGCUGGAAAAAGGUACGUUUUUACCCCUUUUCCCCUUCCAGAGCCGGGCGGGAGGGGGUCCCUGAGGGUGGGGGCACCCUCAGGGCACUAUAGUGCCAGGAAAACGAGUAUGUUUUCCUGGCACUAUAGUGGUCCUUUAACACCCACACAUCUGUGGUGAUCAUGCCCCACAUGUCGAGAAACAAAGCUAACCUGCCUCCCUCACUCGCCCGGAGAGAAAAACCUUUUUGAGUACUCACCGUAAGGGCGUCUGUAUGAGGGCUGACCACGUCCUCCCCGAUUCUGCCAUGUCCUCCCGCGGGAGGGAAAGAAGGGAGCGGGUUUGUAGUCCUGAUAGGCCCAAGGGGCAGCAAAGGAACCUCUAUGAGUCCGUGAGGGACCUCGAUUUCCGCGGACAGCUCCUAUACCUCCCGGCCCUGUUGAAAACCUUUAGGCCAAAAACUCGUUUAAAGUUGGAUUGGGCGUUAUCUAUGGCGGUGAAGGUACGCACAAAUGAGCCCAAGUCUUUAACAAAAGACUCACCAAAGAGCAUGCCUUUAGCUGCAGCGCCCGGUUCCUUCAUCGCAAGGUUAACCAGUUUAGGCUCUAUUUUAAGCAAGAUCGCCUUGCUGCGUUCGGCUGACAUAGCCGUGUUAGCAUUGCCGAGUAGGCAAAUCAAUCUCUGGACCUAACCUAUUGCCAUGUCGAAAUCAAGGGGCGUAUCCCCUGUUUUAGCCGUCUCCAAUAGCUCAUAAAGCUUAGCCACGGGACCUAGAGUGUCCAAAAUCUUGUUCUGGCAAUUAUGGAGUGAAAACUCCAAACCCUUUCUGGGUUUCCAAACCGUUUUUGUCAGGAACUGUGAAAUCUGAGGGUCAACCUCUGGCGUCUUACACGCCGCAUCAGGCACUGAGGGCCUUGGGCAUUCGGCCCGUAAUUUACUGCGCCCCUCCUUGGAUAAGGGGGUGCGCAUACGAAGCGCUAGAUAGCUAGCUAUAUGAUCGGGCAGGUCCCAUUCCGCCAAGCGAGGGUGACGGUCAUCAGGAUCGAACAGGAGGUAACCCUGCGGAUCGCAUAUGCCUUGUUCCUCACUCAGAGGUAACACCGAAGCGUCAGACCCCGCCUCCGCGUCGGAGUCCCCUUCCUCAUAAGAGGCGUAGUCAGGGGUGUCUGAACCUGUCUCCCCACUUGGAUCGGAGUCUGACCCGUCAUUGCCAUGGGCACGCAACCUUUUCCACUUUCUGGACGAUUUUGCCCAGCCAGGGGCUCUCUUGCGCGGUAACGCGCCAUCUUGGACGGCCAGAGGCACGUCAGUCAGGGCAGGUACUACCUGUGUCAUAUCGGGGGAGACAUGUUUAGUUUUGGCAUAUGCCUUGCGGCUGACCUGAGGUUGCAGCGCAGGCAGGGGGCUUGCCAACAUAGGAGAAACCAGGGGCUGAGUCAGGGCCUGUUGAAUAGUGUGAGACAGCGAUGAUGAGACUGUCCCCAUGGCAGAGACCAGGGCCCUCUGCAUAGUAGAAUCAAUAAGGGCCUGGAACUCCUGAGAGGGGGUGAGUCCCCCUUCACCUGAGAUAGGGGCCUGAAAGGCUUCCAUGGUGGGGUAACUGGGACAGCCAGAAUCAUCACCCUUAGCCUGCAUGAUAGACAGGAGGGCAAAUAAGCUUGUGGGUAAAAAGGGGUAUGUCCCUUUAAAUAUAUGCACGUAAAAAAUUUAAGCCACAAGAAAUAUUAUGGGAGCCGGGCCACCAGUCUCAGAAUAUAACUGAUAUAACAGGAUGAUGGAACAAACCUAAACUACACUAUAGGGGUUGAGUAACCCACAAAGCAAAUACCUGUGGAGAAAACAAGGGGAAAGGGAGCCGACCGCCGGAUCCGCCAGCAGCCACGUGCGUGAGUGAAGAUGGCCGCCGCAUGCAGAGCAUGCCGCGGCCCCAAAGCUCCUCCCCCGCCUGACAAAUACACCUUAAAGGCACACUAUAAACUUUAGCUUAAUGAAGCAGUUUUGGUGUAUAUAUCAUGCCCCUGAAGUUUUACUUCACUCUUCCAUUUAGGAGUUAAAUCACUUUUGUUUACACAUAUUCAUCUUCAUGUAAACUUCCCUGUGCAAAUCCAUCUUCUAUUUAUGGUUAUCACUUUUUUUUAAUUCUAGUUUAAUGACAAAUUAGCAUGAUCAUAUAUUAAAGGAGCACUAUAGGGUUAAAACCACCAUCUAGCCCCCCUGGUCCCCUCAUGCCUCCCUAAAUAUAGUAAAUCUUACUUGUAUUCAAGCCUGAAGCUGCUGGCUUUGUCACGGUUUCCUUUUGACCUGCCUGCUGACAUCAUCAGAAGUGGCGGCCUGAUCCAAUCACAAUGCUACCCAUAUGAUUGGCUGAGACUGACAAAGAGGCAGAUCAGGGGCAGAGCCAGCAUGAUUCAAACACAGCCCUAGCCAAUCAGCAUCUCUUCAUAGAGAUUAAGUGAAUCAAUGAAUUUCUAUGAGGAAAGUUCAGUGUCUGCAUGCAGAGGGUGGAGACAAUGAAUGUUUGGAUGCAUUUUAGGCAGUCAUGACCCAGGAUGGAUCUCUAACAGCUAUCUAAGGAGUGGCCAGUGAAGUUAUCACUAGGCUGUAAUGUAAACACUGCAUUUUUUCUAAAAAGACAGUAUUUACAGCAAAAAGCCUGAAGGUAAUGAUUCUACUCACCAAAACAAAUUCAAUAAGCUGUAGUUGUUCUGGUGACUAUAGUGUCCCUUUAAUGUUUUGCCUGAGACUAUAAAAAUGUAGAAACUGUUUUACUUUAACACAAUAUACAUUAGUCAUGUUUUUUUACAUACAUAAUUUUACAUUGAGAUGAGAAUCAAUUGAUUAAAAUUUGUUUUGAAAACUUCUUAUCUUGUAAUGCUACGGGAUGUGCUAGUUCAAUCAACCAAACGCUACACUACACAUGACCUUGAUCUUAAUACACAAAGACAGCCAUCUCCUCUAGAAUGGGUGACGAAGUAUAAUGAAUUCAGUCUGUGCUAUUCACAGCCUGGCACAAUUGCACCAUUGACAGCAUUGUGCUCAAGACAAGAUGAUUUGUAUUUGCUAGUGGGCCCACUUUAAAUCACUCCAAUUUGCCUCUAGAGACUUCUUUAAAGGGUAUCUGUCACUUCACAGGUUUUUUAACAUUGUUUAUUUAUCCCGUCUUUUUAACAAAUCUGUGCUUAUGUUGUCAGAGAAAUAAAUAAAAAGCUGCACUGACAGCUUUUUUCAGUCUUCACUUCCUUAUCUUUCUUGAAUGUUAAAGGAACACUCAAUUGCAUUUUCUCAACUAUUUAGUAGAUAUAAACCCAAAUGAAAUAUGCAUGUACUUUUACAGCAUGUUUUGUUUAGGGGCAUAUGAAGAAAAAAAAAAAACACACUUUCAAAGGCUGUCCACCUCUCUAUGAUGCCUGUAGUUUGCUGUUCUGUCCAAUUCUUUUGACUGAUAUUUUGAGUGUACAUUAGCUUGGCAGUUGAAUCUGAACCUUGCUUAAAGGGACACGCAAAACACCAAAACAACUUUAGCUUAAUAGAAUGUUUUCGGUGUAUAGCUUGCUGUCUUACUGCUCAAUCCUCUACCAUUUAGUAAUUAACGUGAAAAUGUCAUGGCAGGGAAGUUUUGCAUAUUUCUACACAAGCUUGACCAAUAUAAUUGAGUGUUUCUUCACUUCAUACUAUUAAAAUCUCGUAUUUUUUUCUAUUACCCCUGUCUCCUGCUGAGAGCACCAGCCAUGUUUCAGUGGGUGUUACAUUUGCAAGGCAUACCUCUCCUGCAAAUUCCUGUUUGGGAAACACAGACUUGUUUCCCAUAACAGGUUAAAAGUCCACCAACACUUUAUUUUGGCUUUGUGGUAUGCAAAUAAAACGUAUCUGUUCUUUCUCUCUCUCUCCAUUAGCAGAUUGCUUGCCCAAAGCUUCUUCCAUGCUGCUUAUACACAGAGCCUGUCCUUACUUCCCCUUGCAGUCAUAGCUUUCUGUUAGGCUGAAUGCAAACAGGGGAGAGACACCAUUAGGUUGGUUUCCAUGAUGAGACCCGUCUUAUUUCUGUGUCUGCACAGAGUGAAUUUACUGGCAGGAGUGGGAGGGUUUAUUUUAAUUUUUUUGUUUAUUGGUUUCCAUCUCUUGCUCUGCUAAUUCCCUGCUAGAGCCUGCAAUAGUCUCCUGUCUGUGGCUAAAGUUCAAUUAAAGGACCACUAUAGUGCCAGGAAAACAUACUAUUUUUCCUGGCACUAUAGUGCCCUGAGGGUGCCCCCCCCCCUCAGGGUCCCCCUCCCGCCCAGCUCUGGGGAGAGGAAGGGGUUAAACACUCACCUUUCUCCAGCGCUGGGCAGGGAGCUCUCCUCCUCGGAUCCUCCGAUUCUCCUCCCAUUCGGCUGAAUGUGCACGUGCGGCAAGAGCUGCGCGCGCAUUCAGCCGGUCUCAUUGGAAAGCAUUCAUAAUGCUUUCCUAUGGACGCUUGCGUGGUCUCACUGUGAUUUUCACAGUGAGAAUCACGCAAGCGCCUCUAGCGGCUGUCAAUGACACAGCUACUAGAGGAAUUGGAGGAAGGAUUUAACCCAUUUACAAACAUAGCAGUUUAUCUGAAACUGCUAUGUUUAUUUAAAAAAAAAAAUGGGUUAACCCUAGCUGGACCUGACACCCAGACCACUUCAUUAAGCUGAAGUGGUCUGGGUGCCUAGAGUGGUCCUUUAACAGAUCAGGAGAUACAAACUUCUAAAGUAAACCUGCUGUACUGUUAAAAUUAAACUUUUUUUUUUUUUUUUUUAUGGAGGCUGUGUGAGUUACGGCCAGAGAAGGUGUUACUAGGGCAACAAAACAAAGUGAAUUUUAACAAAAUGGCAGGGAAGUAAGCAGCGAGACUGCAUGGGACAUGUACAAACCUUCAGCUGGAUGCAGCACAGUGGUUUGUACAGGCCUGUGGCUUAGGCCGAGGGAGGGAGGGUUUGUUUUCCUGGCAAGAUCCCUUUAAGAGUGCAGUAGAUUUCACAGUCUCAGGCAAGAAGACAGCUGCCAUGCAGCCAAGGGCAAACAAACUAAAAAUGUUGGCUAGCGAUAAUGGAACCACUCCAAAGAGGACUGGGACAACCCACACAGGUCCAAAGGAGGUACGGGGGUCCAGCCAAUAAAAUCAGAGCCCCAGGUCAGGAGAUUGGCCACUUCAGGUGCAUAGGGCCUCACAGUCAAAGAUCUGGAGUUCCAAUAAUAUAUAGACAAAGUCCUACAGAGAGAGUCCAGCAAUGUCAGAACGCAGGUUAAUAUCCGCUAUAAACGUCAUGGAAUUGGUGAAUUAUAUCGAUCUAGUAGCUAAAGCUGCUAAAGCCAGGAGUUCUCACAAAGACACAUCCAUUCAGCAUGACCGUUAGGCUCCGCACCCCGACUUACAUGUUUUUAAUGGCUUUAUGUGAAAUCUAUCAACUGUACUAUAAGCAUACUGCACAUGACACGUUAUUUGAGAAACUCUCCUAGAAUACAUGUGUUUAAUAAUAAUUACUCACCGAUUGCCAACCCCAGCAGGAAUUCUAUGUGGGUCACGGCCCACUGUGCUUGCUCUCUAGCCGUCCUCCGCUACAGCAGAUGCCUCACACAUGGAGUCCUGCAUGGCAUUCCACACACUGUGCCCAAUCCUCCGCAGAGCCUCCCAGGAGCAGCGUGCAGAACAGCAGGAUGGGAGAGAGGUUAACAUGGCAUCCCAUCCAUAGAAGGGACAUGGACGCCUACAAACCAGGGGGAGGCCAUCUCUCUUUAUAUAGACGUUUAAACAUCUCGCCAAGGGAGGGUUCCCACUCCUCUAUUUAAAUCCUGUCCACCCAAGGCUCAAUGCUAAGAUGUUUUGUAAAAUCCCAAGAGGGAGGCUCUAUUGUUAGUAUGUGCUCUUUAAAGACUUUAAGCCUGCUUCCUAAACCUUAACCUCCGCUGUCUGAUUUUGAGCUUGGCAUGCUUGACUGUGCCUCUAGAUUGUCCUAAGCCUGCUGCCUUGUUUUGACCUUUGCUUGCCAGACCCUUCCUCUAGAUAGUCCUUUUCCAUUUUGAUGCUUUCUGAGUUUGAGACUCUCUCUUAAAGUGACCAUUCCCUUGCUCUGUCACUCUCUCUACAUACUGAGUCCAUUCCCUCCAAACCGUUACAUGAUGUUAUGUGGUUUUUCAUUUUUUUUUUCUCUUUCUUUCCCAGAUAGUAAAGUAGAAAAGGUAUAGACCACUUGGUAAGUGCCCCAUGUAUAUUAAGUAAAAGUAAUUUUUCUUUAUACACCCCAUCAUGUUGAGUAUUAAGAUGCUGUAUGGAGGAAAACACAUUUGUUCAUUGAAAGGCAUAUUUUCAAAUCAUUAGCACUAUCAAGGUUUUUUCAUUUAAAAAACCAAAACAAAAAAAACCCGAUGCUUAGCUAAUCCACGUAUGCUUUGCAAUAUCAUUGAUAGUUGAUACGCUGAGCCAAAAAAUGCCUAACAAAUAUGGACAAAGCUUGUAUUGCUGAUGAGGAAGAUGAACAUCUGGGGACCUCCAGUUUUGAUGAAGCAGUGGAGGGCACCUAUAGUUUAAUACAGGGCUCGAUAAAUCCCAGGCGACGUGGCGCUUGGUAUGUCAGCACUUUAAGGCGGCCACCUGCAGGAGCAUUGUAAGCGGCGUGCAAGGGAGCAGUAAUAUACAUGCAGCUCCUCUAUGUUCCCUUGUGCACUGUUUAGUGAUGUUGGAAGCUGGAAUAUGACAUCACUCUGGCCCUGGCAUCACUACAGAGAGUGCGAGGGAGCAGAGAGGAGCUGCAGGUUUAUUACUGCUCUAUCGCACGCAGGAAGAUAGCAGUCCCAAAGGUAGGGAGGCUGGGUGGAUUUCAAUUAAAAUAAAAAUCUCAGUUUGUGUGUGAGAAAAUAUGUGUCUCUGUCUCUCGGUGUCUCUUUCAGGGUGUGUGUCUGUUUUAGGUACCUGACCCCGUCCAACUGCACGAGAAAGGUGUUUUUACUCACCUUUUAUCCCACGCCGUGCCUGUUUAGCCAUGACUAAUCCUGUCUCUGUGGCUGAAAUAAUUAGUCUUAAUGGUCGCAGCUAAGGGAGGAUAUUGCGCAUGUGCAGGAAAACAAUGUUCCAAUCAGCAUCUCCUCAUAGAGAUGCAUUGAAUCAAUGCAUCUCUAUGAGGAACAUUCAGUGUCUCCAUACAGUGCUUGGAGACGCUGAACUUAGGUGCUGAAAAGGCAGUGUUUACAUUGAAAGGUCUGCAGUUACAGGCUUUAGAUACCAUAACAACUGCAUUAAGCUGCUCUUAAGAAUUGCAUUUUCCUUGUUAAAAAUUAAACCUAAAAUGAGUUAUAAAAAAAACUGGCUCCUAACUUUUUCAGCUUUCUUUUAGAUUCUAAACAGAUUUGUCAGGCCCUGGUUUAAUAGCACAGUAAUCUCUGCAACAGUAUGUAGUUGUUAUGGUGACUGCCCCUUUAAUUAGAGUUAUGUUCAUAUUUUUUUUAUUUGCUAAUUGUAAUAUAUUUUGGAGAAGCUGUUUUUUCCAGGAUUAGCAUGCCAUUCUCUUUAUAUUUUAAUAUAUACAGAUAGAAAUUUUAUUUUGUGUUAGUUAAAUGGUUACCCUUUUGCUACUAUCUGUAAUGGCAGACCGUUUUGCAACAGUUUUCUCUUACCUGGGUCUGGCCAAGAUUCCUUUAAUGGCAGUUGAACCGCAUUUGGGAUUUGCAGAGAUGCAGAAGUCAGAUGCCAAUUCUGGCAUACAUUCAUAUGAGCUCAGCGCUCUCAGGCAAUGAAUGGAAAUCUGUGCAGAGAAUUUUCAUUAGCCAGUCCGGAUCUCUAGUUCCAGGCUAGCUAACAACGCUGCUGAAAGUGGAGUUAUACCAUUGCCAGCUAUUAUUUCAUAGAGAACACUGCAAAACAGGCUGCUUGCACCAUUACACUUAGAAACACUGAAGUGGCCAUGUUGCGGUGAGUAAAACUUUAAAGGAACACUAUACAGUCAAGAACACAAAUAUGUAUUACUGACCCUAUAGUGGAAAGUUAUAGGGUCAAAUUUAGCAUGUUACAUAUUUCAGUUUUUUCACAUUGAAAUUCGCCAGAUUGGUUACGUUGCCUUUGAGACAGUAUGGUAGCCCAGGAAUGAGAAUAACUCCCAUGCUGACAAACCAUUUGCAAUAGUAGACACCCCAUUUGCAAUACCUUGGGUUAUGUUCAGUCUUUUUUAGUAGCAACUUAGUCACAAACACUGGCCAAAGUUAGCGUUAAUAUUUGCUUGUGUGUGAAAAAUGAAAAAAACUAAUUUAAACACCAAUCUGGCGAAUUUCAAUGUGAAAAAACUGAAAUGCAAGCCUUAUAUUUGACUCUGUAACUUUUGAAAAUGCCAUAAAACCUGUACAUGAGGGGUACUGUUCUAAUCGGGAGACUUCACUGAACACAAAUAUUAGUGUUUCAAAACUGUAAAACGUAUCACAACAAUUAUAACCUCAAUGUAAGUGCCGUUUGUGUGUGAAAAAUGCAAAAAACUUCACUUUCGCUGAUGAUAUCAUUGUUGUAAUACAUUUUACUGUUUAAAAAACACUAGUUUUGUGUUCAGUGAAGUCUCCCGAGUAAAACAGUACCCCCAUGAACAGGUUUUAUGGUUUCUUUGGAAGUUACAGGGUUAAAUAUAGUGCUAGAAAAUUAAAUUCUCUGGACUUUAGGCCUGGGUUGUCAGGCAGGUCUCGCAAAUUUUAUUUAAUAAGAAACAAAUUAACUAGAAAUAUUACAUAGAUAUAUAUAUGUAGAAUAAAAUUAUAUAUAUAAAAUAUUGUGUAUUAAUAUUGUUUUUGUAUUUUAUUGUACCCCAAUGUACCAAUGCAAUGUUUUGUGGACGCAGGACAUACUUGAAAACGAGAGAAAUCUCAAUGUAUCUUUCCUGGUAAAAUAUUUUAUAAAUAAAAUUAUAUAUAGUGAUAUAUACAUAUAUAUUUAUGUAUAUAGAUCUAUUAUUUCGUUCUAAGUUUAUUUUGAUAUCAAUCUAUAUAUUAAUAUCAAAAUAUAGUUAUAACUAAAUUACACACAUAUAUAUUUUAUUUUAUUUUGUAUUUUUUUUCAUUUUUAGCAUAUUUUUUUUAUAUAUAUAUAUAUAUUAAUAUUAAAAUACACUUAGACAGUGUGUGUGUGUGUGUGUGUGUGUAUAUGUUUAAAAUGUAAUUUUAAACUUUAACUUUAUUCCAGGCACUCCCCCUGCUGGCACUACUAUGGACGGCUAUUCCGUCCAUGUGAUCAUGAGGUCCCCACAAGGACCUCGCGAUCAUAUGGCCCAGGAGGGCUGGAUCAGAUGCAGGGGGACUUGCAAAUUCUGUUUAACUGAAUUUCUUAUCUCCUGCUCUGUUAAGGCUGCUCUUUCCCACACUUCACUAAUCACUAAUGAUGCAUUUACGGCAAUGAGGAAUGCAAAGGAGACCAAUGUAAACCACCCACAGCUUUUCACGACUUCCAGUUAGUGGUGCCAAUGUCUUGACUAUGUGUCUAAAGUGGGCAUACAUCCUUGGUACCUUCUAAAUGUACUGAAAGCAGGCAUGGUAUAAGUAGAGGUUGAAGACAGACACAAAGCCUUGUUACUCAUAUCUAAAGUUGCAACUGGCAAAACACUUCCUUAUGUGAAAAUUAGUCCUUUUUUAAACUGAAAAUGUAUGUAGACUUCUUGUAAGUAGUUGAGAAAGUGCUACUAAUACAGUAACAUUUAGACUUCCUGUUUAAAGUUCAUGCCCCAUCAGUGAAUACUACUAGAUUGUCAGGGCUCAGCUGCUUUCACAUCCUUCCAAAUAUAAAAUGCUUUAUUUUCUGUCUACUCCAGCAACACCCAGUGGGGCUACUGGUUACUUGUUUUGCAGUUCUCAAUAGACUGAAGUUUUGUAUUUAUGCCAUCCUCUACAACCCUUUUUAUACAUUUCUUAUGUGCUUAUUACUUUGAUUAACAUAAAUCAUCUUCUGUUUCACUUCGGGCAUGAAUUUGAAGAGGUUAGGGAUCUCCCUAUAGAGUUUAGACAGCCAUUACGCUCGCUGUUAGCUGGCACCUUCUGGCUACCUGUGCUUGAGUUAGUAGGUAUUUUGCGGCACCCCUCUAUAUAGCUUAAAGGCGCUGGCGGGCGGCGCGCAGCAGGUUUAAACAAGGUGCUGUGGUGAUGGCUGCAAUGAGCGUCAGUAAAGAGUCCCGCGUCUUCACACAUUGUUGGUCGGCAAUACGAUUGAGCAGUAUAUUAUCACCUCUUGCGAUAGUAAAACCAAAGAAAAUGUGCCAAAGCGCGCCAGCUUCUCUUAACCCUGCCAGGUAACUUUUUCUUUUCUUUGGUUUUUACUAUAUAUUGGGGCUGAUGUGUACUGUAGUCAUUGAUGCCGGCCUAGUAGUGAUGGGAGUGAGCGCAGGACUUCUCUUUUUGUAUUUGUAUUUACUUUGUAUCACACAGCCUUGUUACAAUGCUGCCGCCCAUCCCAUGUGUUCCCUAUUAAGGGUUAAUAAGUAUAUAGGGGUGUAUAUAUGGAAAUACCCCUCUCUGUCUCAUAAGAGAUAUCUUUGCCAGAAGCUCAAGGAAGCAGGCUGAAGGGUCAGUGUAGGACCCGCUUUAGGGGGGUCUGCCUUGACGUUGGCAGGCGGACAUUCCCUCCAAUGGCCAUUGGAGCAACUAAAUGACCUUCAUUUGUCUAAAUAUACAUAGGGAUUAAGGAGAGAGCGCAGGUAACUUUUUUUUUUCCUUUUCUUUGGUUUUUACUAUAUAUUCAGGCUGAUGUGUACUGUAGUCAUUGCUGCCGGCCCAGUAGUGAUGGGAGUGAGCGCAGGUCUUAUCUUUUUGUAUAUGAAUUUGGAAAGAGUCUAAAAUGACUUUUCUAUAAAUUUUAUAAUUGCUUUUUUUUCUUAAAAAAAAAUGACAUACAUGUUGUUAAACAGCUGGAGAAGCAGCUGUAUUCUCAGAAUUGCAUUAUGGUCCCCAGCGAACCCAAGGGAUGUUUAUUUUAGCAUUUAGCUGUACAGGGAUGCAUGGGAAGUUUGCAUAUCCUGCUGCCAUAUGUGAAUGCGACCAGAAAUCAAGUGUAGAAGUAUAUGUUGUACAAAAUUGGGUCUUUAAUAGUUCUGAAUAUCCUUCCUUUGGCACAUAAUCUUAACUGCAAAACUUGAUUAAGAUCAUAUAGCGUAUGUAUUGAAUUUAGAACAAAAAUUACUAGAUUUAGGACGGAUAUAUUUUAAAGUCAACAUUUUCAUUUAACAUCAUUUCAAGAGUCAUUAUUUAAGAUUAAAACUGAUUUUAAUUGAAUUUUUUUUUUUAUUAGAACUGACUAUAAUCAGUUCCAAUAAAAAAAAAAAAAUUAAUUAAAAUCAGUUGGUUUUAUUUUCUUACGGUUAUAUUUUUAAAUUGUGAUAACACUGUAAAUCUCUAUGUUCAUAUUCUUAAAGUUGGUCUCUUAUCACAUAGAUUGAAUCUACAAUAGUGUUUUUUAAUAUCAGAAAUAUUCAUGUAACAUUGGGCAUUUUGGCCAUGCUGAGCAUCAUCAGAGAGUUCCAGUAACCAUUACUUACUUUCUACUUUUUAUUUCAGACUCUACAGCUAUUUUUUUUUUUAAAUGAUUAUUUUUUAUUCUUUAUUUUUGUUGUGCAUUAUACAUCAUAGAAGCUUGAUUAGACAUUUCAUAGACGUAAACAUGACAAAGUAUAAGGAUGUAAGUGUAAUAAGAAAUGUCAGAUACUGCACUUUUUAUAGUUAUUGAAAAAAGACAUAUUCUCGUGCAAGCAAGUAAACACAGAUACAGUAGCGAUGCCACAACAGCAUGUACCAGCAACGAACAACCAACAGCUAGUUAUUUGGGCGUGACAUAUGACAUUGAACAUUUUUAGAUGAUAUAAGAACUAAGAACGAGUUAGGCUAACAUGUCAAAGCGUCAGACAACAUAUGGUAUUAAAUUAACUGGUAGACAUGCGACUUUCAGGAACUCCACUCCCAACUAUGGCUAGUACUUUGUUAGGUUAACCCUAUUCUGUGGAUAAGAAGGUUAAUCAGGCAUGGUGGCUAUAAGUAAAGAUGUUUCAUAGCAAACUCCAGUUAUAUGAGGAAGGAACCAGGAGGACAUACCGUAUAUACUUGAGUAUAAGUCGAGACCCCUACUUUUACCAAAAAAAACUGGGAAAACUUAUUGACUCAAGUAUAAGACUAGGGUGGGAAAUGCAGCAGCUACUGGUAAAUUUCUAAAUAAAAUUAGAUCCCAGAAAAAUUAUAUGAAUUGAAUAUUUAUUUACAGUGUGUGUAUAUAAUGAAUGCAGUGUGUGUGUGUAUAUAAUGCAGAGUGUGUGUAUGAAUGCAGUGUGUGUGUGUGUGUGUAUAUAUAUAAUGCAGUGUGUGUGUAUAUAAUGCAGAGUGUGUUUGUGUAUGUGAUGCAGAGUGUGUAAUCUUGGUGGGGGGACUGGGCAUUUUUAUUUAUUUUUUUAAUUAUUAUUUUAAUAUAAAAAAAAAGUUGUAAAGGUAAGUAACAGCUCGCUCCCAGCCCCCAACAGGACCGCCCAGCUUGUAAUGAACCCGGCGGUCCUGCUCUGUAUUAUGGCAAUGUAAGUUGCCAUAAUACAGACCUUGACUUGAAUAUAAGACGAGUGGGGAGUUUUCAGCACAAAAAAUGUGUCAAAAAAACUUGUCUUAUACUCGAGUAUAUACGGUAGCUCCUUGGUACCUUAACUAAUUUUACAGGAGUAAGAGGUGAUGAGCAGAUAAAAAUAAUAAUACCAAUACAAACAAUAAAACCAAUAACAAAACAUGCUCACUGCACAUAUUAAAAUGUAGAAUCUUGUAAAUGCCAAAAUGUCAGCCAGCCUUAGGCAAGUAGCGAUAGAGAGCCGGUGUUUAGCCCUGUGUGAUAAAUGUAGCAUCAGCCAACACCCAUGCACGGGAAUACUUGGUGACCGUUGUGAGGCAUGAUAUCCCCCCCAACCCCAGGCUGUAGUGAGGGCUUGCAUCAAAACACCAGACUUGGGGGCUCGUGGCAGAGUCCAAGUCCAUCCCGCGUGGGACCUGACAGACGCUCCUGGUGUUCGGUCGCUGCCUGCGUAGUUGAGUCAUCUGCCGCUGUGCUCGAUGCUGCUGGAGUAUAUCCCCAUCGGCACCAGGAAUUCCACUGAGGCUUCCUUUGAUAUAUUGUGGGUACAGGGAUCAGCUGACUCCCUCACUCACAUAUAGACUGGUGGGCCGCAGGAUUGCCCCAAUUGGACGCUGACCAAGAGUAAUGGGGUACAGGAGAUCAGCAGGGUCUUCUAGAGUCAGAAUUAUUUGACAAUCAAGCAGUUUAAGAGACUCUAUUACCUGAAGUCUCCAGGAGCUCAUGCAGUGUGUGACCACUCUCUGUGCUAAACAGGCCCCGCCCCCUUAAAUUAUUUAUUUAUUCGUUUAAGUGUUUCCAUUUCGACCAUUUAUAACACACCCCUACACCAAAUAAGUGAGUAUAGCAAAGAAUAUUUAGUCUAUAUGAUCUAACUUCCCAAGAGGCCUUCCCCAAUAGCACCCCCUUAAACAGAUCUAUUUAUACACAGAUAUGGGAUACAGCUAGGCACUAUAAAAAGAAAAAAAUGGAACAGCACAUAGUGAUGUAUUGUAAUAUAAAGUGAAUCAAGUGACUAAUGAUUGCACUCACAAGAUGUAAAUUGAAUCAGCGCCUUGAGGCCGUCAAAGGGCUAUAGCAAUCCACUCUCCUUCUGUGUGUGUAUACACACACACCACUAGUGCCAGGCCCCCUCUGACCACUCUACAGCAAUUUUAUGUAUUAAAGGACCACUAUAGGCACCCAGACCACUUCAGCUUAAUGAAGUGGUCUGGGUGCCAGGUCCAGCUAGGGUUAACCAUUUUUUUCUAUAAACAUAGCAGUUUCAGAGAAACUGCUAUGUUUAUAUUAGGGUUAAUCCAGCCUCUAGUGGCUGUCUCAUUGACAGCCGCUAGAGGCGCUUGCUUGCUUCUCACUGUGAUUUUCACAGUGAGAAGACGCCAGCGUCCAUAGGAAAGCAUUGUGAGUGCUUUCCUAUGAGACUGGCUGAAUGCGCGCGCGACUCUUGCCGCGCAUGCGCAUUCAGCCAAGGAGGCGGAGAGGAAGAGGAGAGCUCUCCGCCCAGCGCUGGAGAAAGAGGUAAGUUUAACCCCUUCCUCACCCUAGAGCCCGGCGGAAGGGGGACCCUAAGGGUGGGGGCACCCUCAAGGCACUAUAGUGCCAGGAAAACAAGUAUGUUUUCCUGGCACUAUAGUGGUCCUUAAAUAAUUGCCACUAAGGAGUUGAAAAUUGUGAUAAAAAAAAAAAAAAAAAUGCCAUCUUCACACUGAAACCUUGACAGGUGCCCAAGUGGUAAUUGGCGAUUAUAGGGUUACUCUAAGCAUCACAACCCCUGGCGCCUUUUGUGGGUAAUUGUCCAGAGCUGCAGAAGCUGGAUGGCGAUCUAACUGGUCAUUCACUGGCUGAGAACGUCGUUUAGUUGUAGUAGUUUAGUUAGGUUAUUUGUAUUUUUUACAAGCUUUGUAUUUUCUCUGGUUUUGUAUUCAUGCACUAUUAAAAUUAAAAAAUUAAAUAACAUUUUUUAAAAACCUGUAUCUUUAACAACCACAGUAAUAAAUUAUCAAGUACUGUGACCUUUUAUUUUUUUUGAGUGUGAUGAUAUUUCAGCUAACAUUCUGCAACUAUGUAAAAUGCACAUCUUCUUUUCUAUUUCUAGGCAGCUAUGGCUCAUCAAGAUGCAGAGCCUUGGUACGCAGCACGGAUGUAUGCCAGGUAUUGGAAACAUUAUAGCCAAGCUAUGCAUUGGCUGUAUAGGCACAAGAGGGCAUACAGACUGGCUGUAGCUUCUCUGUGGUACCCAGUUGACACUUUUCAAACCAGUCGCUAUGCAGAUUGGGAAGGGGGGGAACAAUCUCGAAGAAAUGUCAACUCAAGGUCCCAAAAUCAGGCCGUUCAACCCAGAAGGACACGUCCAUGCUUAAAGGUGUCAGAGUCAAAAGAAAAGGUGUCUGACAUGGAAUGUGAACAAGAAGCAUCUGAUUCAGAAGAGGAGGGGAUUGAAUGCGACCUGAGCAAUAUGGAAAUCACAGAAGAACUGCGGCAGUAUUUUGCAGAGACAGAAAGACAUAGAGAAGAACUAAGUAAGUGCUCAUUCUUGGGUCUAUUUUAAAAUUAUUUAAGAGAUCAGAUUUCCAUCCCAUGAUGUCAAAGAUUUGAUUUAUAAAAUAGUUGAAGGCUGCAAAUGCAAUGCAAAGAUAAGUUUUAGUUCCAAAUGCAUCAUGUGUCGAUGUAAGAUCCCACACUGUUUUGUAUGACUAGCUGCCAACAUUUGAAAAAAAACUUUGCAGCACAGCUAUCAAUUACUACCUUGAAAAUUUACCACAUCCCACUGCCACAAAGCUCCGCCCACUAUGUCCAACCCAGAUAAUUAAUAUCCGCCUACUUAUCAGUGCAGAUUACAAGGUCUACUCAAUAAUGAGAGAAUUACAGGGAAUUGAGAUAGGAACUUCUGAAUUCCCAUCUCAAUUCCCUGCAAUUCUCUCAUUAUUGAGUAGACAUUUAUAACACAAUGUUCCCACCAACAAUACCAUGUAUCCUGGAAUGCGAUAGAUACAUUCGUAGCACUGCACAUAUAUCAGGCAGGUACAUUUUAUCACUUUUAGGUGAGUUGGGUAUCACUGGUGACACUGUCAGUACAAGCACAAAUAUAGAAAGACCUUAUGCAUAUGCGCUUUAGGCAGAGAGUUGUCUAUACCAUAGAACAUACAUUAGCUCACAAAAAUUAUUAUGUUGGGGAGUGAAUAUAGUAAAAAAAAAAAAAAAAAAGCUGAAAAUAGGAAAUGAAAGCUAUAGAAGAAGAAUUUACAGAAUGGAAUUAAUGAGGGAAAUGGGAGCAAAAAAAAAAAACAAAAACCAAAAAGUGGUUCUGGUGACUAUACUGGCACUUUAAUGUGAUGUAAAUUAGAGAUUAGUGCCACUAAUAAUAUAUUAGAUUGCCUACUCUCAACCAGAAGAGGACAAGAAGAUGAUGAUGGGCUCUGGCUGCAGUCUGGCUCCACGGGUUUGGUGUUGAACAGGCUCUCUGGAGGCUGUUUGUAACUGUGCUCACAAAAAUCAACACUUUAGGGAAACAGGAAGAAGCUCCAUUUUUGGGGGCCCCCAGGGCCUGACCGUGAGUGCGCCCACAAGGCAUAAGUUCACCUACGUGGACCAUCCAUGAGUUCGCUCACAGGGAAUGGAGUGUAUGUGUGUAGGGGAUUUGUUAUGUGUUAUUAUAGAGGAUGUAAUUUGUGUGUGUGUGCGCUCUUGGAAUGUAGUGUAUAGGGAUAUCGGUUUGUGGAAGAGAUGUAGUGUGUGUAUAUUGGGUGCAGAGUGUAUGUGCGUAAGGGAUAGAAAGCAGUGUGUGUUUGUCUUUAUUUUUAUUAUUAAAUUUAUUUAAUAUAAUAUAUUUUUUAAAGUUUUGUGUCUUACAUCCCCCUUUAGUGUAUCUCUUAAAAGCCUCUUGUGUGUCUCCUAUCCACCCUCUUUGUAUGUCUCCUACGUCCUCCAAAUCCCUUUAUAUGACUUACUCCCCCCAGCCCUUUUGUGUCUUUUACUCUUCCCAGCUCCUUUGUGUGGGUCUCUUUCACCCCCAGGUCCCUCUGUGUGUCUUUCACAAGCAACUCUGUGUGUCUCUCUCCCUUACCAACCCCACCCCCCACACACACACCCUUAGUGGUCCUCUGUCCUCUUCCCCCCCAACCCCCACUCUUAGUGGUCCUCUCCCCUCCCCACCUUGUCCUAUAGUGUGUCCACCCCGCUUCCCUGUCCCUUAGUGGUCCUCUAACCCCUCCCCCCCUUAUUUCAAAUGUAAGGCAAAAUAGUCAAACUGGAAACAUUCUGUGAGUAAACUAUUCAAGUUCAGCUACUCGGGCAAGUGAAUAACCCUGCUAUACUUUAAUCACAAAACAUAACCUCAUACGGGCACACAGUGAUGAGGCCCUUAUCCACAGCCAUUGACACCGCAAAUGUUUCAUGCUCAGUAGUUUUUGAUUACUAAUAUUAACUCUUUUAAUAUUGCUUUUCUGGGUAUAACAGUCCCUCUUGCUGGAUAUGUCUUAAACAGAUGGUCUACAAAAGUGUGCUAGAUUUUCCAGUGGAAUUCACUGUAGACCAUUUCAUUCCCCCACACACUUACUGGUUGAUUGAUGGGGAGUGGAACUAUACAUAUUAUUGGAAGGAGGAAGAUAUCGGAGCAGUGGAAAGGGAAAUAAUGAUGUGAACAAAUGUAGAGAAGUAAGUGGGAGUUAGGAAUAUCAGUGAAAAUCAAGUUGAAGAGGUUGUGCAUGUUAAAGUUUCUGAUAAAUCUGAGCUUAACAUCAAAUGUACAGCUAUGUAUAAUCCAUAUAUCACAACAGAACAAAAGCCUGAAAAAUUUACAUCUUGCUGUUAUCCUUUCCCCCUUGGACACUUGAUUAUCCCUCGCACUGCGGAGGUCAAGUGGCUGGUCCCUGAAAUACCAAUUAUUAUUUUUUUAGAGGGUUACUCGAACCAUCGUGACCACUUCAUGCCUAGUUGAACCCCCAGCACGCGUGAAUUAGCCAGCCCAGAACUCUCAGCUGCCUUAUGCCAAUUCUGUGAAUAAAUUAAAUAUGUCAAUUCUGUGGCUCUGAGACAAUUAUGUGCGUGCUAUGAGAAGCAUUUUAUUGGACCAUGGAGAGGGAGACUGUGGCAUUAGAUGGGGUGUAGAGAGUGGCGCUGGGAGCUUUGCCUGGUGCUGGAUUUCCGGUAAGUUUAAGGAUGGGGUUUUUUGUUUUUUUUUUAAAGGGGAAAACAUUGUAAUGUGCAACAGGGCAUUAGUAAUGAAAAUAAAGGGUUAGAGUCACAAUUUAAUAUUAGGGACACUAUAGUCACCAAAACAACGACCGCUUAAUGUAGUUGUUCUGGUGAGUAUAAUCAUUAUAUGCAGGCAUUUUCAUGCAAACACUGCCUUUUUAAAGAAAAGGCAGUGUUUGCAUUGCACCCUAGGGAUACCUCCAGUGGCCACUCCUCAGAUGGCCACUAAAGGUGCUUCCUGGGUCAGAUUCAAUGCAUCUCUAUGAGGAGGUACUAAUUGGCUAAAAAAUGUUUGGCCCGCGCCCGUGUUCGAUUUCAGCCAAUCCAAUGCUUUCCAUAUGGGAAAGCAUUGGAUUGGCUAAAAGUUGUACAUUUUGAUUGUCACCAAGGGGGCAGUUCGGGGUGGCGGAGCCAGGUCCAGCAGACCUGCGCCAUGCUGGAAAUAAGGUGAGUUUCAACCCUUUCUAAGAGGGUGCCAACCUAAAUGGUGGUUUUAACACUAGAAGGAUAGGAAUACGUUUGUAUUCCUGACCCUAUAGUCUUCCUUUAAAUUGUAUGUUUUAUCAAUGAAAACAUAUGUUAGAAAAACCAGAAGAACAAAAAUGUAAAUAUUGUUUUUUGGGGGUGCAUCUGUUAUUUCUGAUUGUACAAUCUGUUUUAAAAGGCGCAAUCGAAAAGGCUUAUGUAAAUUCAGUUUCACUCAGUAUCUUGAGAGAUAUACGUAUAACUUCUAUUUAACUUACAUCACUCUUGUAUAUCUGAUAUUAAAAAAAUAUGACCUCUAAUCCCCACAGACUCAGAACAUAUGUUAAUCUACCAUAGAUUAAUUUUAUAAGUUGCUUACGUGUACCUUUUUGGAACAUACACAAACAAAAAAAGAAGACUGACCUCUGCCACAUCUCAUAUAAUAAUAUGUACUAUAGGACAAAAUAGAGAUAUUGCAGAACAACUCCAGCUACCACUCUCUCCAGCAUUCUAUACAACAGGGGUGCGGUCCGGUGGCGGUCUUAGACGGCCGCGGCACCUGACCCGACCCCUAUUUAGCGAUACCUAUUGGGUGGUGCUAAAUGCAUGGGCAACCUGAUGGGCAAAUCACCGCGGAACCACAAUGAUGUUCUUGCGGAACACUAAUUGGGAAACGCUGCUCUAUAACAUUACAGAGUUCCUUUUAAAUGGACACUAGACACGUAAACCCGUCCAUCUCAUUGAAGUUUGUGUCAGGAGUCCCUUGAUGCCAUCCUUCCAUUCAGUGCUAAACAAGAGCCCCAUCAGCCUGUUCUGUUUGUGCUGCUUGAGCGAAUGAGAAAUGGGAGACGUGAAUGGCUGUCAGUGUUAGCAGCCUAUUGCUGGUAUGAAUUAGUAUGGCUAGAAGGAAAAGUGUAAUAUUCUCCUUAUCCAUACCUUUUGCGGGGGGUACCUGCUGCAGGUGGCCAUGGACCCACAUUCAGUGUAAAUGUCAAAGGGAAUUGAUGAACAGCGCCAGGGGGAUCCAGACACUGUAACCAGAUCAAUUAGGUGAAAUGGUUAUAGCUCCUAGAGUGUUACUUUAACUAUUAGAUUUAGGGUACCAUCCUCCUUGUGACAGUGUUAAAACAAAAAUAAAUAGGUUUAACUUUAAAAGAUACAAAAUAGUUCAGCUAAAUUUAAGCUAAUGGUUAAAUUAUCGAAUUUGUGGUUUAAAUCACCUUUUAUUUUUUUAAUUAAAUAUGCUUUUAAAAUUCAUGUAUGUUCCCAUUAAGAAUUUCAAGCAAAUACACCAAUAAAAACAAACAUAAAGUUACCUGUGCUCUGGCCUUAAUCCCUAUGUACAUUUAAACAAAAUGGAGGCUCUUUUAGUUUUAUUUAAAUAUCCAUUUGAAUAUAAGCUCACCUGCCAUGUCAAUUACACCGAUAGCCUCGAUUUCACCUUAGGAAAUAUGUAACUAAGUGAUGCUCUUGCUUUUUGGAGACGUAAAGUGCAAGCUUAGAUCAGGAAUUUCUAUCAGGGACUGUUUGGUAUUGAGCUUGUGUUCCCUGUGUCGUGAGUGCUUCCUCCAAAUCCUCAUUACCAUGCCUAGCUCAGCUUCCAUUAAACAUUGCAAUCCCACACUUGAAGGUUUCCAUAACAACAGAACUGAGUGCUUAGAAAGGCUCCAUUGACCGUAUUCAAUAGAGGCUCUUCAAGAAGGAGAGGACUGGAAGCCCUAGAAAAACAAAAAGGAGAAAACACUUGGUAAAAUGGAAUUACAGCAUUCUACAUUUAUAUCAGUAAUGGAAGUUUUAAGGACCCCCACCACACCCCACGUCAGUCACUCAAUGGGAGGAAAAGUAUAUGUUUUAAAUCCUGGUUCCUCAUAUAGUAUGGCAAUCAUGGAAAAUAAUAUAUCUCAAAUAACCUGCAAGCAUGUGUGUAAAUUGUAACAAACAGUGCAACUUCAACUGGUGGCUGGCAACAUCGUAGCUAUGGGUUAGUGUUUGGUUUAUUUUAAACAAAAUGUGCAGUGUGAUUGGUACUCCUAUGUGACUUGAUUCCUAUGCUAAAUGAUUCCACCUUGGUGCUAUUUGAAGGCCGUUUAAGUCUUUUGCUGGCAGAUUUCAAAAUUGAGCAGGGGAUUGGUCACUAGUACCAUUCACAGAGCACUUUCGCAGUGCCCUGUGUAUGGUCUGCCUGGAGACCAUAUCAGCCUUGGCACCUUCUUUAGGGUCAUGGGACAUGCACCUGUGACGGUCUGACCAGCUCCUAGCAGUGACCUGUGUAGGCUGCUAUCUUCUUUGCCCACGUCAGCCCUUUAAGGUGGGAAGGGGACACUGGCAAGUAUGCAAUGUAUACAUAGCCUAGGCAAGAAGUUUAGAUGGUUUUUGUGCAUGGAGCUCUUAACAUAUGUGCUUUGUUCUGUACAUGAGCUAUCCAACUGUGCAAAUGCAUCCACUUAGGAUUAAAGGGGCACUGUAAUGGCCUAAUCUGUAUUUUUAAUAUUUUUUGUGUGUGUGUUUUUUUUUGAAGCACCUCUCCCAAUUCCUCUACAUUUGGUUGUCCCCCUAGUCAUCCCCGUAUGCCAAGUAUUCCCUACUUUGUCCUAUGUUUUAAAGAAAACUAAAUCAGAAAUAAAGAAAAGAACAGAUUCUGAGAGAGGAUAAGAAGAAGCGUUUGGGAAAAGGGAAGUUCAGUGUGGCAGUGCUGCUUUAAGGCUGGCAAAGCAGCGUGAUUGUUGUUCUAGAAUAAAUUGAGGUAUACUUGUUGACCAACGCUGUCUGGUUAUUAUGCAGAUUAUAUUUCAGGCACAUUUUUAAGGCAAACUGUAUUUUUUUUUUUUUCCGUUUAAUAUUAAUCUCAGAAGGAGAAUGCCAGUGAGUGGCGUUUUCUUGUCGGAUGGUGCAUAGAGGUUCUAUCUGAAAUCAUACUUAUGGUCAGAAACUGGCAUUGCUGACAUCAUGUCUUCAUUGUUUCGCAAUGUAGAGUUUAUGACCAUUGUAUGUUCAAUGACAAUUUUGCAAGAAUGCAUGUUACUGGUAAACGGUAGGAAGUAUUUGUCUUCAAUAUGUGUUCAGCAACAUCUGCAGUAAUAGCCCCCAUAUAAAAGCUUGUUGGGUUCUCUGGGGGCUAAAAGACCUUUUUGGAGGGUGCGCAUUACAGUUUUCCAACUUGGAAUUUUCCCAGCUGGUCAUCAUGCACCCAUGUCCUAUUUGGGACAUUUUUGAAGCCGGCCAAUGUAAUUUACCCCAAUCAAACCAUAUAUUUUGAAAAGUAGACGUCUUAGGGUAUUUGAAAUGUGGGUAUUUUAACACUUUCCAUGCACUAAUUAUACCACCAGUCUUUGUCAAACUUUAGGGUAGUUGUUUUUUUGUGUUGUUUUUCUCUCAUAUUGUACUUUAGGCAUGGAUACUCCGUUCCUGUUAUUUGUUCCUGACAAAGAACACCCCAAUAUGUGUUCAGCAACAUCUCCUGAGUACAACAGUGCCCCCGAUGUACAGGUUUUAUGGGUUUUUGCAAACUUAUAGGGGUUAAAUGUAGGGCUUUCCCUUUUCCAUGUUUGCACAUUGAAAUGUGCCAGAUUGGUUUGCUGGGCCUAUGUUGCCUUUGAGACCAUAUAGCAGCCCAGGAAUGAAAAUUAACCCCAUCAGGGCAUACUAUUUGUAAAAGUAGACAACCCACAGUAUUCAAAAUGGGGUAUGUCCAGUCUUUUUAGUAGCCACUUAGUCACAAAUCCUGGCCAAAAUUGGCAUUUAUAUUACUUUUUUUGCAUUUUUCACACAUAAACUGCCAUUUCACUUAUGAUAGUCUCAGUAUGAUACAUUUAACUGCUCUAAAAGACUCGUAUUUGUGGAGAGUAAUGUCUCACGAGCACAACAGUACCCCGUAACCCUUUCCCGACCUCUGACGUGUACGUCUGAUAAAAAACGUCAGUUAAAAAUGACCCGGGUACACACCUGGACCGGCGAUCCUGGUCCAGGGAGACUGCCCAAGAUGCCAGCAGUCCCCCUCUGGCAGCUCUGGCCCUCCAGGGCCACGUGAUCACCAUGACCUCAAUGCAUCGUGCAAUACCCAUAAAGCAGCUGGAUGUGAUCACGAUCACUUGCAGUGCUCAAAUUAGCCGCGGACGUAUGUCUGCGGUCCUUAACCCCUUAAAGGGACACUAUAGACAGAGUAACAACUACAGCUUAUUGUAUUUGUUCUGGUGAGUAGAAUCAUUACCUUCAGGCUUUUUGCUGUACACACUGUCUUUUCAGAGAAAAUGCAGUGUUUACAUUACAGCCUAGUGAUAACUUCACUGGCCAAUCCUCAGAUAGCUGUUAGAGAUCCUUCCUGGGUCAUGGCUGCCUAAAAUGCAUCCAAACAUUCAGUAUCUCCUCCCUCUGCAUGCAGACACUGAACUUUCCUCAUUGAGAUUCAUUGAUUCAAUUCAUCUCUAUGAGGAGAUGCUGAUUGGCCAAGGAUGUGUUUGAAUCAUGCUGGCUCUGCCCCUGAUCUGCCUCUUUGUCAGUCUCAGCCAAUCCUAUGGGGAAGCAUUGUGAUUGGAUCAGGCUACCACUUCUGCUGAAACAGGGACAAAGCAAGCAGCUCCAGACUUGAAUACAAGUAAGAUUCUACUAUAUCUAGGGAGGCAUGAGGGGACCAGGGUGGCUAGAUGGUGGUUUUAACCCUACAGGGUCAGGAAUACAUGUUUGUGUUCCUGACCCUAUGGUGCUCCUUUAAAACACAGUUUCAAAUGAAGUAUAUACUUAGAUAUCAUAUAUAUAUAUAUAUAUAUAUAUAUAUAUAUAUAUAUAUAUAUAUAUAUAUAUAUAUAUAUAUAUAUAUAUAUAUAUAUAUAUAUAUCAAAAUCUAAAUAGGUUAUGGUGGGGAAAAAUUGUGAUUCAAAACCCCUUCCACCUGAAGUAUGUGGAUAGUUAAUACAAUGCUAAACAAAAAUCUGCACACCAGUCAAGCCAUAAGACUUGCUUUUCCCACAGAAAUCCCAAAACAGCAGUGAUGUUACAACCGCAAAGGAUUCUGGGUGGGCAUAUGCAAAUUAGUUUAACAAAGAAUCAAAUUUUUGCCUCAUUCCAUUUUAAACAUGGAUUCCUUUGAAUUUGUGUUUGCAGUAUACAACUGCUUGGAACACAAUUUAGGAUAAGAUGCAAAACCAGUGAACCACUCAUGGACAGCUGUUUCGUUGUUAAUGCAACUCUUCAGCAUGAGGUUGGUUACUGGUUUGCUAAUUGAGGCUUGGUAGUGCUUGGGAAGCAAAAUCUAAAUAGGUAUGCUAUCCUGCGGUUGUAACAUCACUGCUGUUUUGGGAUUUCUGUGGGAAAAGCAAGUCUUAUGGCUUGACUGGUGUGCAGAUUUUUGUUUAGCAUUGUAUUAACUAUAUAUAUAUAUAUAUAUAUAUAUAUAUAUAUAUAUAUAUAUAUAUAUAUAUAUAUAUAUAUAUAUAUAUAUAUAUAUAUUCCAUCUCAAAAUACACAUAGAACGAAAUAAUAUCUUUAUGCAUAAGUAUAUACGUGUAUAUCACUAUCUAUAUAUAAAUAAAAAUAAUUGUAAAAAAUGAUAUAUAUAUAUAUAUAUAUAUAUAUAUAUAGUUUCCAUUUUUAUAUGUAAUUUUUACAUAAUUAGGUCAUUUUAUUAAUUACAAUUUGCGGCACCUGCCUGACAACCCAGGCCAAAAGUCCAGGGAAUUUAAUUUUCUAGCACUAUGUUUAACCCUGUAACUUUCCAAGAUGAUAUCGUCAGUGAAAGUGACGUUUAUUUGCAUUUUUCACACACAAACGGCACUUACAUUGACGAUAUAAUUGUUGUGAUACGUUUUACUGUUUUGAAACACUAAUAUUUGUGUUCAGCGAAGUCUCUCGAGUAUAGUACCCCAUAGUACUCCUCAUGUACAGGUUUUAUGGUGUUUUCAAAAGUUACAGAGUCAAAUAUAAGGCUUGCGUUUCAAUUUUUUCACAUUGAAAUUCGCUAGAUUGGUUACGUUGCCUUUGAGACCGUAUGGUAGCCCAGGAAUGAAAAUUACCCCCAUGAUGGCAUACCAUUUGCAAUAGUAGACAACCCAAGGUAUUGCAAAUGGAGUAUGUCCAGUCUUUUUUAGUAGCCACUUAGUCACAAACACUGGCCAAAAUUGGUGUUUAACCCCUUAAGGACCGGACUGUUUUUGCGAUGUUGUACAUUUGUGACCAGGCAUCUUUUUACACUUUUGUGGUGUUUGUGUUUAGCUGUAAUUUUCCGCUCUCUCAUUUACUGUUCCCAUACAAAUUAUAUAUUGUUUUUUUUCAUGACAAAAGGGGCUUUCUUUACAUACCAUUAUUUAUAUAAUCUCAUGUAAUUUAAUUUUUUUUAAAAAAAGAAAAAAUAUGAUGUUAAUUUGAAAAAAAUACAUGUUUUUUUACUUUUACUUGAAUAAUCUUUUACUCAUCUACAAAAGCGAAUGAAAAAAACUGCUAAAUAGAUUCAAAAUUUUGUCCUGAGUUUAAAAAUACCCAGUGUUUACAUGCUUUUUUGCAAUUUUUUUUGCAUGUUAUAGGGCUAUAAGUACAAGUAGGAUAUUGGUUUCAAAACAAACAUUUUUAACAUUUAUCAAUAGUGACAUUGUAACACUAUUAUCUGUCAUAAAUCUCUGAAUAACACCCCACAUGUACAUAUUUUUUUUAAAGUAGACAACCCAGGGUAUUCAAUAUGGGGUAUGUCCAGACUUUUUUAGUAGCCACUUAGUCACAAACACUGGCCAAAGUUAGCGUUCAUAUAGGCUAGUAAGCCUUACUUCAGUAGUGGGGAAAGUGAUGGAAAUCAUGUUAAAGGAUAGGAUUGUUGAACAUCUAAAAACACAUGGAUUUCAAGAUCAGAGACAACAUGGGUUUACUUCAGGGAGAUCAUGCCAAACUAAUCUUAUUGAUUUUUUUGAUUGGGUAACUAAAAUGAUAGAUCAGGGUGGUACAGUAGACAUUGCUUACCUAGAUUUCAGUAAGGCUUUUGACACUGUUGCACAUAGAAGGCUUAUCAGUAAACUGCAAUCUUUAAGCUUGGAUUCCAGUAUUGUUGAAUGGGUAAGGCAGUGGCUGAGUGACAGGCAACAGAGGGUUGUAGUUAAUGGAAUAUAUUCGAAGCUUGGACUUGUCGCCAGUAGGGUACCUCAGGAAUCUGUACUUGGACCCAUUCUCUUUAAUAUUUUUAUUAGUGAUAUUGCAGAAGGUCUUGAUGGUAAGGUAUGUCUUUUUGCUGAUGAUACGAAGAUAUGUAACAGGGUUGAUGUUCCAGGAGGGAUAACCCAAAUGGCAAAUGAUUUAGGGAAACUAGAAAAAUGGUCAGAAUUGUGGCAACUGACAUUUAAUGUGGAUAAGUGCAAGAUAAUGCAUCUUGGACAUAAAAACCCAAGGGCAGAGUACAGAAUAUUUGAUAGAGUCCUAACCUCAACAUUGAGGAAAGGGAUUUAGGGGUGAUUAUUUCUGAUGACUUAAAGGUAGGCAGACAAUGUAAUAGAGCAGCAGGAAAUGCUAGCAGAAUGCUUGGUUGUAUAGGGAGAGGUAUUAGCAGUAGAAAGAGGGAAGUGCUCAUGCCAUUGUACAGAACACUGGUGAGACCUCACUUGGAGUAUUGUACACAGUACUGGAGACCGUAUCUUCAGAAGGAUAUUGAUACCUUAGAGAGGGUUCAGAGAAGGGCUACUAAACUGGUUCAUGGAUUGCGGGAUAAUACUUACCAGGAAAGGUUAAAGGAUCUUAACAUGUAUAGCUUGGAGGAUAGACGAGACAGGGGGGAUAUGAUAGAAACAUUUAAAUAUAUAAAGGGAAUCAAAACCGUAAAGGAGGAGACUAUAUUUAAAAGAAGAAAAACUACCACAACAAGAGGACGUAGUCUUAAAUUACAGGGACAAAGGUUUAAAAAUAUCAGGAAGUAUUACUGAGAGGGUAGUGGAUGCAUGGAAUAUCCUUCCAGCUGAAGUGGUAGAGGUUAACACAGUAAAGGAGUUUAAGCAUGCGUGGGAUAGGCAUAAGGCUAUCCUAACUAUAAGAUAAGGAUAGGGACUAAUGAAAGUAUUUAGAAAAUUGGGCAGACUAGAUGGGCCGAAUGGUUCUUAACUGCCGUCACAUUCUAUAUUUCUAUGUUUCUAUAUUUGUUUGUGUGUGAAAAAAGUAAAAAACUAAAUUGAACGCUAAUUUUGGCCAGUGUUUCUGACUAAGUGGUUACUAAAAAGGACUGGACAUACCCCAUUUGCAAUACCUUGGGUUGUCUUCUUUUGCAGACGCUCUCAAAGGCAACGUAACCAACCUGGCCAUUUUCAAUGUCAAAAUAUUUGACCCUGUAACUUUCAAAAAGGCUAUAAAACCUGUACAUGAGGGGUACUGUUAUACUCAGGAGACUUUGCUGAACACAAAUAUUAGUGUUUCAAAACUGGAAAACGUAUAACAACAAUUAUAUCAUCAGUAAAAGUGCUGUUUGUGUGUGAAAAAUGCAAAAAAAAAAAGUAACUUUCACUGACAAUAUCAUCGCUGUGAUAUGUUUUACUGUUUUGAAUCACUAAUAUUUGUGUUCAGCGAAGUCUCCCGAGUAAAACAGUACCCACCAUGUACAGGUUUUAGGGUGUCGUAGAACUUUACAGGGUAAAAUACAGUGCUAGCAAAUUAAAUUCUCUGGAAUUUCGGCCUGGGUUGGCAGACAGGUCCCUCAAAUUGCAAUCAAUUAAAUUACUUAAUUAUGUAAAAAUAUUACAUAAAUACGCAUAUUUAUAUAUUUGAAGUCUACGUGUAUAUUUAUAUAAUUAUUUAUGUAAUUUUGUAUAUGGACAUAUGUAUAUUUCGUAUUAUUUUUAUUUAUUUAUUUAUAUAUACAUAGAUAAAUAUACAAUUUCAUUCUAAGUGUAUUUUGAUAUAAAUAUAUAUUAAUAUCAAAAUACAGUUAGAACAAAAUUUCAUAUAGAUAUAUAAUUUUUUUAUUAUUUUUACAUUUUUUUAAUUUAAAUUACUUAUUUGUAUUUUAUAACAUAUAUAGUUAUAUAUAUACACAUACACGUGUGUAAUUUAAUUAGUGUAUUUUUAUAUUAAUAUAUGUACAUAUUAAUAUAAAAAUACACUUAGUAUGACAUAUAUAUAUAUAUAUAGAUAGAUAUAAUAAAUGUCUAUCAUAUUUAUAUACACAUAUCAUUUUUUUUUUUUUAAUUAACAUUAACUUUUAUUUUUUAUUUUACACUAGCAGGGAGACUGCCUGUCAGCACAGACCGUCCCGCUGCAGGCAGACACAUGGACACCUAUUGUGACCAUGUGAUCACUCUGUUGAGUGAUCACAUGGCCACAGGGGUCCUAAUCCGCCAUCAGGAGACUGUCUGGGCUGCAGGCAGUCUCCCCACACCGGGAGCAACGCCGAUCACCGGUGGCGAAACGACGGCGAUCAUGUAAGUACAUAAGACCGUUAGGACGGUUCAGGACCGUCACUGGUCGGCAAUGCAAAAAUGCUGAUGACUGUCCUGAACCGUCCUCGGUACUUAAGGGGUUAAAUUCAUUUUUUGCCUUUUUCACACACAAACAAAUAUUAACACUAUAUAUAAUAUAGUAUGAAUAGAAGACUUGCUGGCACUCCUGGGUUUUCAGUAAGGAAAUUUUAUUGUCACAAGUCGACGUUUCAGUUCCCAAUAUGAACUUUUAUCAGGCUGACUCCAACCUCUCCUUCACCCUUCAUGUCUGAUCAAUCGCCAAAUCCUGUCGCUUCCAUCUCAAAAACAUAGCGCGCCUCCGCCCCUAUUUAACGCCUGAUGCAGCUAAGGUGCUAAGUUAGAUGUAGGGCUCAAUUUAAAAUUCUGGUACUUGCUUACAAGUCCCUACAUAGUGUGUAAUGCUGCUCCGACCUACCUAUCCUCCCUAAUACACAAGUAUGUCCCGUGAGGCCCCUGCGCUCUGCCAAAGACUUACGUCUAUCCUCUAUCAGUACUCCCACCUCUGAUGCUCGCCUCCAAGACUUCUCCAGGGCUGCACCUCUUCUGUGGAACUCCCUACCCUUCUCCGUAAGACUUUCACCCAGUCUCCACUCAUUCAAAAAAUCAUUGAAAACUCACUUCUUCAAGAAAGCAUAUCAAUUAAACUGUUAGCAUUUUUUUAUCCCCUGCCCCCCAUGACUCUCCUCUCCUGCAACUGUCAAAAAUUACCUAAUAAACCCUCAGUGAAUAAUUUUCUAACAACCUACUUAGUACCCCUACUUUUACCCUUUGUGUUACUAUACCCCACUCCCUCUAGAAUGUAAGCUCAUUGAGCGGGGCCCUCCACCUCUCUGUUCCUGUGCGUCCAGUUGUCUGGUUACAAUUACAUGUCUGUUAGUCCACCCAUUGUACAGCGCUAUGGAAUGUGAUGGCGCUAUAUAAAUACAAUAAUAAUAAAGAUCACAUUUUGAUAAUUUGUCUAAAUGUAUAGGUCUCCAAUUUCCUCUGGAAAGGUCAGAAUGUUAACUUGUUAAUCUUUAUCUUAUAUGCUGUUGUGAGCAAUUCUGAUAAAAUAUAAAAUUGUUUCCCACACUCUAUCUCAAGCGGAUAUGUAUACUUUUACUUUGACCAUUUAAUUUUUUGUUGUAAUGUUGACCCCAGAGGAGUUAGCUGUGUAUCUUCAUAAACGCUUAGUGUUUUGUUGUGGGAACGCCACCUACUCAUUUUGCUAUUUGUUGUUUUAGUUUUGUCUGCCCAGCAGGGUUUUGUCUCUGUUGCUUUUAGUUAACCACAAAUCUGUCAGAAAGACAUAUAUAGAGAAUUGAUAAGAUUUGCAGAUCUGUCUGCAGUUUGUGGGGAAUAAAACAGAUUUUAAAAAUGUACCCUUAAGUUGCUUCUAUGUGUAUAAUUUAUUGCUCAACAGAUGGUGUUGAGGACCCUGCUCAAACGAGCUUCCUCUCUAUGAGCUGGGUAAAGUGACACAACAGGUAAGGGUAGAAUGUGUUUCAUGUACAGGAAAAGUAGGUUGUUUGAAUAGCUUACAAUGAAGGGUUAGGUUUUUUGGCUGACACCGUUGCACAACAGGGAGGCAAAGCUAUUAACAGUUUAAUUGCUAUGCUUUCCUAAAUAAGUGAGUUUUCAAUGUUUUUUUUCUUUUUUUUUAAGAUAGGGGCAAGAGCAUAAUGAAGCAGACCUUAUAGAGUCAUGAACGUCAGCGUCAGAGGUGCGAACAUGAACAGAGGAUAGACGCAGGUCUUCGGCAGAGCGUAGGGACCUAGAUGGUUCAUAUCUGUGUACUAAGGAGGAUAUAUAGGAGGCAGUGUUAUGUUGAGCAGGGAUUGAUCUAUAUAUUAUUAUUCCAGAGCUGAUUAUGAUACAGAUAAUCGGUAGCCUUUUGAGCUGAUUGCCCAUAAUCUAUGCCAUUAUUCUGUACAUGUAAAAUUUUGAAAAAGCAGCACAAUUUCCAAACAAACCUUUUCAUUAACUGAACAAUGAAUAUCGACUCUAACAAUCGUCAGAACCCAUAAUCGGUCUAUUCCGAAUUGUAGAGAUAUUUUAAAUUGAGCCCUAUAUCUUAUGGGGAGCCAGUGUAGAGAGAGAGAAAGAGACACACACACACACACACUUUUAUGGGGCGGGGGGGUUUCAUUUGGGUCACUUGAGAACUGUGAUAAGUGAUGCUAAUGCUGCCUGGGGAAUAACCUUUUAGGUCUGCUAGUAAGGGCAGUAUUUUUUUAAAGUAAACUGAAAUUAAAUAUUGAAAUUCCUAUCGGACGGUAGCAAGGGUCUUCUAAAGGCCCCGUGCACAAAACCUUUUACAUAAGUCUAAAACCAGACCACUUUAUUAAAAGGAACACAAUGGCAUUAGCAAUACAAAGUUGUAUACUUUUUUUUUUUUUUUUCCACUUACCUCUUUCCAGCAUGAGGUUCUCGGCACUGGAUCGAUCUCCUUCUUCCACAACGUGACAUCGAUAGGGGUAAUCUGAUGUGCAUGCGCGGUGAGUGCUGCACAUGCAUUAGACCUUCCCCAUAGGAAAUCAUUGAGUCAGUCCUUUCCUACGGGGAUUUUAAAGAUGCUGGACAUCCUAUUCGCAAAGUUAAGCUCAGGGAAGAGCCAGAAAGCUACUCUGGUAACUGACUGGAAGACAGCCAAUAUAGGUUGUACUAACCCUGCAAUGUAUACAUUGCAGUUUCUCUGUUUUCAUUUUUUACAUUGCAAGAUUAAGGGGACAAGAGUACUGCAGUCAGACCAUUUCAAUGCAUGCAAACUAUACAUGCCUAUAAUGCCCUUUACAGUGAAGUGGUCUGGGUGAGUUUAAAUAUCUGUUGCAUUCCUUAACAAUGAUAAAUAACAGAUGAUGACCUAUAUUCAUUGUUUUAAUCACAGCUGCUUUGAUUCUUGGCUCAUGCAUUUCUUUCACGCUCUCAUCUCUCACGGGUGGAUUCCCUGAAUAGUUGCUUUAUAAUUUAUUUAUUUUUAGACUUAAGACUUAACAAAAACUUGAUUGCUCCUCAGUUUUCAGUUCUGGAUUCUUAAGUUUUUUAAAUGCUUUCAGCCAUGUUAAUGCGUCAGAAUUCAUAUUAUCAAACACAAAUAUAAUAACCUGCUGCAUUAAUUCACUAAACUAUCCUAAUGGAAAACUCCCCAAUCUCCUUUCCAAAUAGUGCCUGUUUGGUGGUCCUGGGACUGAGUGCUACCCAAGCGAAGUGUUACCGGACUGCCGCAACCCACUAUCAUGCACACAGUUCCAUGCGAUUCCUGGGUAGUUCCCGGUCAGGCACACUGUGACUGCAGGAGCCUCUCCCUUUUCUCUGAUGUUUGAUGGGUGGUCCCUUCGGCUCCACUAGUGCAGGGAAGGGGAUAUUUCAGUGAUUAUAGUUAUUUUGUUGAUGUCCUAGCUGGGGGUCCUGCACCAGUCCAGGUCCAGUACAAUCUGUCACACACCUGACCACUUCUCCUGCUAUGUCUUCUAAAACAAAAGUGCCCACUGACUAAUACUGGAGUGUAGUUAUCUGAGAAAACCAGUAGUGUUAACACCUUUGCUUUAUCUGUGAAACAAACCAAGGUGUUUUAUUAUUGCGGUCCAUACAGUAAGGUGCAGUCCAAAUAGCAUAUAGCUUUUGUUUAAAUUACUGACCUUAAAAUGGCACUGUCACCUUCAUGGACCUUUCCUAACUUUGCAAAGAUAAUAUAAUAUGCCCACUAGUAUUGUAGUGAUUGACAGGAGAAGCUGAAAGUAAUUAUACUUAGCAGUAGCUCUACAUUGUUGGCGCCGCCAUCUUCUUACAAUGGACAUCUUCAGCUCCUGCAACUUCACCUGCCACGGGUUGCGUCCGUGUCGUAUUCUUGCACAUGAGAUGCAUGAGAAUGUAUCUCUCUCUCACACACACACACAAGCGUCACUUGCAACAGCUGUAUGAAUUGGCAAAACCUGAUAGCAGAUGCUCACCCCCAUCAGACAAAGUCUUUGUUUAAUUAUAUCUUUUGAAUGCACUAGAAUUUCAAGGACGCUCCUGCAAAGUUAGUCUAAGUAUUUCAAAAUGAUUUUAAAAGUGACUGAAUGUUGAAGGGGCAAAACUGCUAUAGACCUUUUGAACAGCAUUGGGUUCUGCUUACUAGAACACUCAGUGGGUUGCUAGGCAAUGAAUCUUUAGAAAAGAAAAGUGCUUAAUUAAAGCAUUUCAUCAUCUGAUUCCCCAAGUUGUAUGUUUUUUAACCAUUUAAUAGUGUUUAGUACUAUGUACACUUACAUAGCCGCCCCAAGAAAAUAUCCCCUGGCUGUACAGACUGUGUUGUGAUAACAUGUUUAAAGAAUUAAAGCAAAAUAGGUUUUAUAACAAGAAUUUGGUUUGUCUACAUUUGGCUCAUAGUUUGGCAAAGCCUCUUCAUUUUUUCCACUUGAUGCUUUUUUCUAUUUUUUCCUUUUUGCAACCUGGCACCCUCUUUGGAAGAGAUUUUGAAGAUUCCCACCUCCCUCGUCCCCCUCAUCAUCAUUUGUAUGCUUAAAUCGUGCAUCUGCUGCCAUUUACCAAGGAAAUACUGACUCAUGCCAGAAUUCAUUAUGCACAGUUUUUCAUCUGACACAUGGCAUAAAUAUCUGUUUGGAUUCAUUAAGGGACACUUGAUGUGUUAAAGGUUCCUAUCACUAAGAAAGCCAAAAUGUUCAUCUUCUGCUGCUGUACUACAACUCCCAUGAUUCUAGGCUGUAGAUCUGUAUAUAGCUUAUUGUUUCAAAUCACCUUUUUACCAUUUUUAGAGGGGGUGUUUAUUAAUCUCAGAUUAGUACUUAGCACAGAGAAAUGGAUAAAGUACGAUUGGUUUACAGAUGUUGGCAAGAUUAUUCACCCUAACUACGGUAUGAGUAAUUAGAUACAACUGGGGCCUUAUAAGAGUGAGAAUCUUAGUUUUUCUGACAUUAAAAUGGCACUUUCUUCAGCUCCUGCAACUUAAUCUGCCACAGGUUGCGUCUGUGUCGUUUUCUUGCUCAUGAGAUGCAUGAGAAUGUAUCUCUCACAUAGACACACACAAGCGUCACUUUGGUGCAAGAAAUAUAUCACAACAUGCGAAAUCCCUUUCACAAAGUUAUGCAUGCAGUGGUGUGGCGUAUCAUACAUUUUGAAUACAUUGAGUUUACACCUUUGAAUAGGGGUGGCCUGUCUUCCCCCAUGCCGUUUCAGAACUUCAGCUCCUAUGAUGCUUUGUCAGGCUUGCUGCAGGCACUCUGAAUAUGUAUGUACAUGAUCAUUGUGCCCCAGUGUACUUUAUUAAUCCCUACAUGCUGGACAAUGUAAUUGAUAAUUAACAAAAGUAUGAUGAUUUGAGUGCGUUUAAUUUUGUUUGUUUUUUAAACUUACAUAAGCACUUUGCAAAUUGCAACAACACUAUGAUUUUUCUUUUUAUAGCUGAGUGGAAAUAAUAAUCUCUCCAUGUUGUUUCUACGCAGUCUGUUUGGAUGAGGAUGUUUCGAUGGUGUGGCAAUAGGAAAUGGCUAACCACAUUUAGCGUACCUCUCUUUGAAACAUAGGAAACUUAUCCAGCAUGAUCUUUGAGGAGCCUGGGAAAACCACUUGUGUUGCUUCAUCGCAGUGGUGAUAAUCACUGGAAAACAUUAAAGGACCUUCUAGACACAGACAUAACUGUUUUUCCACAAGAUGACAACAUUUUAAUUGUAGAUGUUUACUAAUACCACUCACAUGUCCCCAUGUUAAAACAGGCCUAGCAAUAAAAUGUUUACUUGAUUUAAAACAAUAUUUUAGCUGCCUUUUCCCGAGUGCUUACAGACAUUCCGAAAUGGACCCCACCAUUCCAAAUGUUAGUAGAAUCUAUUUUUCACACUUCUAAAUCUGUCACUGAUCCAAACAAGACGUUAUCAGUAAUGUUCCCUUUAACUAUGUAUAAUGUAGCCAUAGCUCUGCGUGAUAAAUCACUAACAGCCAUUGUUCAUGUGAUUUAAACCCAGCUUGUUAAUUCUGUUAUGACAGAGUGUUGAUGAUAUCAGGCCUGGAGACUGUGUUUAUAUACAUUGAAGAAGUAAUGUCACACUUUGUAAAGCUCCUAACAUUCCCAGUGCAUCUGCUGCCCACUCAAUCAUAUACACAAUUUUUUAGACACUAGAGCCUAAGGCAUUUCAUUUUAAGCACAAUAUACAUGAUCUUUUCUAUUCUGCUCUCAACGUUUUCCUUAACUCAGUAUGUUCCAUAAUAUUUUUUGUCUUCAUAUAACACUGCUUAGACACUGUUGGACAAUGAGAAUGGUAACUGGGAGAAGGCAAUAGCAUUAUAGUUGACAACUGGGAUAGAGGACUACAGUGGUAUCUGUACUUAUCCAUGUUUUUUUUGUUUGUUUUUUAGAAGAGGUCUCAUAGCUGUGAAUUUAAAAAAAAGUCAAGUAAAAUGUAGGAAUUUUGUUAUGAGAUGUCAACACAGAUCCAACCAAAAGUGUGCAAUAGUUAUUUUUCAGUGUGUUUAAUUGCAUAUGUCCUAAUUUCAGAGAAACAACAGGAACUUGAAGCAGAAAUUCACGAGCAGUAUGUUGACGCAGAUCAUGGGCUACAUAUUGCCACAAGACGAUCAACACAGCCUCCUUCAGAGAGACCAGGGGAGAGACGCAAGGAAGGAAUGAAGAGACUAUAUGGCGAGGAUGCAGCUAAAAUUCAAGGAAUGGAGACUGCAAUACAGCUCAACUUUGACAGGCAUUGUGAUAAAAAGCAGCCCAAGUAUUGGCCCAUCAUCCCAUUAAAAUUAUAAACCUUUGGGGCCUAUUCCGAAACACCAUUAUGGAAAUGUUAUAUAAACAACUACCCAGCUGUGCCAACACGUGUCAACAAAGUUACUGGGAUUUCACAUUCCCAAAUGUCCUGACAUGUACUACAUAUUUCUACAUGUACUGACCUCUAGCGGGUGGUUUACAACAACCAUAUAUAUUGCACAUUUGGAUUUAGUCAUUAUCAUUCAUGAAGUUUAUUGUACUGUUUUCCCAAUAUAAUAAAAUAUUUUUUGUUAAACAGUUCUUUAGCAUUAGUGAUAAUUUGCUUUUGAUGUAUUAUACAUCUGUAUAAAGACACCAGGUAAUUAACCCCUUAAGGACUAAGCCAAAUGUUUUGUUUUGAUCAAAAUAAAACGUAAACAAAACUUGGAAUUUGACUAUGUCUGUUCAAUAGUGAUGUCCCAAACGGUUCGCCACGGACUCAUCAUUGAGUAAACUUUGACCCUGUACCUCACAGUCAGCAGACACAUUCCAGCCAAUCAGCAGCAGACCCUCCCACCUCCUGGACAGCAUCCAUUUUACAGUCAUUGUGAAGCUGCAUUCUUAGUGAGCUGUCCAGGAGGUGGGAG